AUGGCCCGGUCAGAGCUGGUCUGGUAUUACACACUGUACGUCUAUACAUUGUAUGGCCCGGUCAGAUACUGGUAUUACACACUGUACGUCUAUACAUUGUAUGGCACGGUCAGAUACUGGUAUUACACACUGUACGUCUAUACAUUGUAUGGCACGGUCAGAUACUGGUAUUACACACUGUACGUCUAUACAUUGUAUGGCCCGGUCAGAGCUGGUCUAGUAUUACACACUGUACGUCUAUACAUUGUAUGGCACGGUCAGAGCUGGUCUGGUAUUACACACUGUACGUCUAUACAUUGUAUGGCACGGUCAGAUACUGGUAUUACACACUGUACGUCUAUACAUUGUAUGGCAUGGUCAGAUACUGGUAUUACACACUGUACGUCUAUACAUUGUAUGGCCCGGUCAGAGCUGGUCUGGCACACUAUACGUCUAUACAUUGUAUGGCCCGGUCUGACCUGGUCUGGUAUUACACACUGUACGUCUAUACAUUGUAUGGCCUGGUCUGGUAUUACACACUGUACGUCUAUACAUUGUAUGGCCCGGUCUGACCUGGUCUGGUAUUACACACUGUACGUCUAUACAUUGUAUGGCCUGGUCUGACCUGGUCUGGUAUUACACACUGUACGUCUAUACAUUGUAUGGCCCGGUCUGACCUGGUCUGGUAUUACACACUGUACGUCUAUACAUUGUAUGGCCUGGUCUGGUAUUACACACUGUACGUCUAUACAUUGUAUGGCCCGGUCAAAGCUGGUCUGGUAUUACAGACUGUACGUCUAUACAUUGUAUGGCCUGGUCUGGUAUUACACACUGUACGUCUAUACAUUGUAUGGCCUGGUCUGGUAUUACACACUGUACGUCUAUACAUUGUAUGGCUCGGUCAGACCUGGUCUGGUAUUACACACUGUACGUCUAUACAUUGUAUGGCCCGGUCAGACCUGGUCUGUUAUUACACACUGUACGUCUAUACAUUGUAUGGCCCGGUCAGAGCUGGUCUGGUAUUACACACUGUACGUCUAUACCUUGUAUGGCCCGGUCAGAGCUGGUCUGGUAUUACACACUGUACGUCUAUACCUUGUAUGGCCCGGUCAGAGCUGGUCUGGUAUUACACACUGUACGUCUAUACCUUGUAUGGCCCGGUCAGAGCUGGUCUGGUAUUACAGACUGUAUAUGGCCCGGUCAGAUACCCUGCUCCCUGACUGGUGUAUUUACCAGGUUAGAACAUAUGAAGAGGUAGCUCAGCGGAGAUCGGGGUAUGGCUCAUUAUAUUAAUCAAUAAAUCACAGCCAAGUGCUAGAUCAUCUCCCUGAAUGUUAUAACACACAUUAUUUCUUCUACACUUUGAAGAUGGAGAUCGCUUGCAUAUUCUGUCCUAUGAAUGCUUAGAUUCAUUAAUCAAAGAGUCAUUGUUAUUUAGAUGUCAUUUUGUUAUAUAACUUUCAGAAAUACAUAGAUACAUGAUUGCAGAGUGAACUAGCUACAGUUUAAUAGGUUAACCCCUUGGAGACAGAGGUAAUCGUCCAAGUUCUGACCCGAAACAAAACCUACCGGGUUAUUCACUAGAGUUUGAUGUCAAAGUGAAUCUCAAAUUCAAGGCCAGAGUAGCCGAAGGGAAUGCAUAGCUCCUAUAGCUGUCUUACAGAAUGUUUUGAGUUCGGCUAUUUAGACCUUGAAUUCUCACUUGAGUGAAUGAACCCAGAUAGAAUAUGUGCUAUGUGUUUGUUCUACCAUAAAGGGUUACUCUUUCAGUGUGUCCUUAUAUAAUACUAUUCUUUUAAUAUACUGUAUGUAUUCCUAACAUAACAUUACAGGGCUGCUCUUACCCCCCCACCCCGCUUUUUUGUUUUCAUCUGAAAAUUCUCUAUUGGACAUCACUAAUAGGUCCCCCGUACGUCCUGCAAAAACAUGCAGCCAUGGGCGAUGAUCCGAGCGCUGAGCUCUCCACCCCUGCCUGAUGCCAUCCCUGCCCUCACACUGACAGGGGACCCCAUUGGUACCUGAAUGUCCUUGGUGUGAGCCUGGAUUUACCCCUGCUUACACCACAUUGUAGCUAUAGGUAUUUACAUGCCCCAGCUGACAGGGGGUCCCAUUGGUACCUGAAGCUCCUUGGUGUGAGCCUGGAUUUACAUCUCCUUACACCGCAUUGUAGGUAUUUACAUGCCCCAGCUGACAGGGGGUCCCAUUGGUCCCUGGUGUUAGCUCCCUGGUGUUAGCCUGGCUUUACCCCUGCUAACACUGCAUUGUAGCUAUAGGUAUUACAUGCCCCAGCUGACAGGGGGUCCCAUUGGUACCUGAAGCUCCCUGGUGUUAGCCUGGCUUUACCCCUGCUAACACUGCAUUGUAGCUAUAGGUAUUUACAUGCCCCAGCUGACAGGGGGCCCCAUUGGUACCUGAAUCUCACUGGUGUUAGCCUGGCUCACACCACAUUGUAGGUAUUUACAUGCCCUAGCUGACGGGGGGUCCCAUUGGUACCUGAAGCUUCCUGGUGUGAGCCUGGAUUUACCCCUGCUAACCCCGCAUUGUAGCUAUAGGUAUUUACAUGCCCUAGCUGAAAGGGGGCCCCAGUUAUCAGAUGAUCGUACCAAAACUGCAGGAUGUUCCAUGCUGCCCUAACGGUGGUAAUUCUCUCUGGGAAUAGGUAAUCACUCCUGUUUGGCGAUCAACAUGAAUUAAAGAGACACUAGAUUCUCCCAGAGUGCUUUUUCUCAUUGAAGUGUCCCUGACCCUUUAACCCCGCAAGUUAAAACAUUGUGUUUUCAGAAAAGGGUUCAGACAGCCACAAGAGGGACUUACCGGCUUCUCACUGAGUUUCUCCAUAAAACUAUGUUGGAUGUCGUCACACUUUGUAUGAGGGCGUCCACCAUCUUCAAAACCCCCAUAGAAAAGCAUUGAUUCAGUGCUUUCUUAUGGGGAAGGUCUAAUGUGCACGUGACCAUGCUGUGCAUGCGCAUUAUGUCCUUCAUCACUGGAGGAGGAGAGCGAUUCAGCACUGUCGGAGCUGAAAUUAAGGUGAGUGAAAAAAGGGUUUUUACCCCUUUCAUUGUCGCGGAGGGGGCACUAUAGCAUUAGGGAUUUAUAUUUCUAACCAUAUAAUGUACCUUUAAAGGUUGUCAUUGUGUGUUCCCUCCUAUUUUCCACUGUGUCUGUUUAUGUAGUGGGGGAGCAGUGUAAUUUUAGGGUAAAUGUGUUAUUUCCUACUUGAACAUUACAUUAUUUUUUUUUACCUUUCUUAUUUUUAGGUUAUCGCUGCAUUUAAACUUAAAGAUAUUUCUUACGACCUGAAGAGCUCCCGGUGCCAUGAAUUAUCGACGCCGGGAGAUGCCGCAGCACCCAUGAACUUUAACUUUGAGGAUGAGCGAGAGGCUCAGAAAUGGUGGACGGUGGUCAGCAGCUCUCUCCGGGAAGCCAGGAAAGGUGAGUUAACCUUUUAGGAGAGAAGGAAUGCUCUGAGCAACAUCCUGGUAAUUGUUUAAAGGAAGAGCAUGUGAUUGUUUGUUAAAACUCAUCAUCUGCUUCUCAUCCACUUCUGGAGGCUGUCUUAGUACAAUAAAACCAAUGCAGUUUCUCUAAAAAUGCUUUACAUUGCAGGGUUAAGGGGGACAGGGUCUGCAGCCAAACCACGUCAAUGAGGUGAAGUGGUGAGGGUGCCUUUGGUGUCCAUUGAAUCAUCACUCUAUCAGUGAAAGGCUUAAAAUGUACUGAGAAUAGCUUGGUUUCUGCAGUACAUUUCUUAAUUUCUUUAAUGUUUAGUAGAUUUAUACUUUAUUUGUGUCGUCGUCCCCCCCCCUCCCCCACGACCACACGGUUUUAUUUGCGCAAUGCAACUAAACUCUGCCCAGCUACUCACAGAUACUGGCACAAAGCACGUCGUUUAUUUUUUUUAAACAGUCCUUGAAUAUUUUUAUGGCUGUCUAAUGAAACCUCUUCUUUACUUUAUGAUGUCUUCAUGUGAUUGGCCUUUAAAUACCUGCUUUCUGUUAUGGCUUCCUGUGUCUUUCCGGGGCUGCGUCCACAGAUCCACAGCUUCCUUAAUUCAACAGAGACGUGCGCUCAGAUUUCCUGAUCUGAAAACCUGAGGGGACAAAUCUGCUAAUGGUGAAGUCAGUGAUGGUAAUUUACUAAAACCGUUACAGCUGACACCGUUGUGCCUAUUGUGAGAUACGCUCAGUAUAUAUCUCCAAUAAUUGUAAUAUUUGCCUCUGAAUAAAUAAGGUAAAAUCUAAGUACAGUGCGGUACUGUAGAAUAAAGUGUGCAAUAUAGUUAAAGGAGAACAGUCUCUUCUUCGAUAGUGACAGUAUCUUUCUUCACACCAGUGAAUGCUAUUGAAGCACUUACUGGAGUAUUUAGUGCAGUAAUGGUAAAUAUCAGAGAACUAAGGGAGUGGAAAAAAUAGUUGCUGAACAAUGAAAAAAUAAAUGAGAAAUACUGUGUAUAUCUAUUUAAAUCCAAAAUGGUUAAAAAAAAGUGUGUAUACCUCUUUAAAACAAGUAAAAAAAAAAUGUGCAAAUAUCUCUUUAAAAGGGUUCAAAGUUGUUUUUCCAAGCACUAUAGUGACAUCUAGUGCCCCCAUGUGGUGCUGAAAGGGUUAAAAAACAAAGUAUUGUAGGAUUAAAAAAAAAAAAAAAAAAAUCUGGCUCCUAGAUUCAAGGCAAAUUUGUCAAGCCCUGAUGUCAACAGAGUGUUUACUCCAAAAAGCCUGCAGUGACUGACUAUACUCACCAGAACAGAUACAAUACGCUCUGGUGACUAUAGUGUCCCUUUAAUUUUGUUAGCUUUUUUUCAUAACUAAAAACUUCCAUAACCCUUUUUAAUUUUGUAGCCCGCCUCAGCACUUUUUCUAUGCCAUUGUAAGCUUCUUUAGAACAGGUGUCCAAAAUUGCACAGCAUAUUCAAUAUGGGGUCUUACCAGUGAUUUAUAAAGAGGCCAAAUUAUAUUCUUGUCCCGAGAAUGAAUGCCCUUUUUCAUGCAUGACAAUACCUUACUGGCCUUGGCCACUGCUGAUUGACAUUGCACAUUGUUGCAUAGUUUGUUGUCUAUAACAAUUCCCAAGUCCUUUUCAUGUGUUGUUAUCCCUAAUUCGCUUCCAUUAAGGGUAUACGUUGCUUGUGUAUUCUUUACGCCGAAGUGCAUAACUUUGCAUUUUUCAACAUUAAAUUUCAUCUGCCAUUUGAGUGCCCAGUCCCCCAGUCUAUCUAAAUCCCUCUGCGGCAAAGUAAUAUCUUGCUCACAUUUUAUUACUUUACAGAAUUUUGUGUUAUCUGCAAACACUGAAACAUGACUUUCAAUGCUUUUUUCAAGAUCAUUUAUAAACAUGUUAAAUAGAAGGGGUCCCAGAACAGACCCCUGAGGGACACCACUUGCCACCUCUGUCCAGCUUGAAAAUGUACCAUUAAUAACCGCUCUCUGUACACUUACACUUCCCUUACCUCUGCAGCGGUUCUGUGUUCAUGGCGCCACGAUGCUCUAGGUGUGCUCGUUUGUAUAGUAGCUUUUGCUGUGAAGUGCUGUAGAUGCUGCCUUUUCUGCGUUCCAAGGUUGGGGAUGUGGCUGUGGCGCUGAAGAGGUGUUCUGGUUGGAAAGUCCCAAUGCCUCCAUUAAAGUCGGCCCAUCUUUCGGGUCUUUGUCCUUGUAGUGUUUUCCAUCUUUUGUCGCCAAUCUGUAGGUAAUUCCUGCUGUAUCGAGUGGUUUUGUAAUCUGUUGCAUUUCUUUGCACCAGAGCAGUGUGGCCAUGCACAAGUCCUGGAAAAAGGAGAGUCGGCAGGACUCAAAUUCAUAGGGAGUCUUCCCAUGAAGUGCUGCUUUCAAACCCCCAGUUUAUCUGAAAUGGUUUGGCACAGUAGGAUGAGGUCCCCUGGAGCUGCGUUGGGGGGCCUGUGGCGAUUUGGAAAUUCUAUAGACUCCGUCAAAUAGGAAGGUUUUGACCUGUCUCGCCGGCACUACUGCUGCCACUAGGCGUCGAAUGAAACUAGGUAGUCCCUCCAGCGGCACGGAUUCCUGAACCCCACCUUAUCUUAAUGUUCUUUUGUCUGCCCCUGUCGUCCAGUAGAUUUACUUGUCUGGAGAAGUGGGACUGUGCAGAUUGCAUUUGUCGUACCGUGUCGCCUAGCGUGUGGAGGCCUUGUUGUGGAAGCACAACUACAUGACUCGAAUCCCAACAACUGUUGUCUUCUGUUUAAUCCUUCCGAUUUUGUUUUAACAAUUUAUUUUGCAAUUGAGUAAAUUUCUGUUCUCGUAAAACUAAGUUAAACUUACAAAGUUCGCUGUCCACAAGAUGAGAGUAACCCCUCCCGACAUCGACCUCACCUUCUCCGAUGAAACCCCGGGGAGCCAUUUCUCACCCCCAGGUACUGGGUAACUGUUCACAAAAGAGCCACCUGUUCCUAAUGUGCUCUGAGCAGCAACAAGCACUACCAUAUCUCUAGUGGCAACAUACCGACUCAGCUUGGUUGCGCAAUACCACUCAGGCUCCUACUUACCUAGACUUACACUAGCAGUGCCAUCACAUCAAAUUCAGUGCGACACACCUACGCGCCAUCUCCACUGCAAAUAUACAUCAACGAUAAAAACCCUGACUGAGUCAAAUUACCCUAUAAGGGGGCACUACACUAUAUCUCUACACCAGUUCAGCACAACCGUUUUACGUCACAAUGUGCACACAUAACCCUACACCCUCCUAGGAGGUAUGGGUCAACAAACAGAUCACGACAUCCCCUCCUGGACCACUAACUUUGCCUCCCAGCUCAUAGUCCAGUGUAUAUGUUACCUCUCGUUACAACAUCUCGGUCUGUUUGUUUUAUUGUGCAAAUUGUAUCUUUACCAUGCUAUGUAUUUACUGUGACAUGAUGCUUAAUACGUGUUCUUACUGUCGUGGUACUACACGUAUGUCGUUUGCUUGCACCAAAAAGAAAGAAUUAAAACAAAUAAAAUAAUUAAGUUUGAGUUUCUUUGAGGUAACAUCCUUUAUUAAUACAGAGUGUUCUAGUGUAUACGAUCAGCCAGAGUAGAUAAAAGCAAAAUGAAUUCCUGGUAGCGAAUGAUUCAUUGCAGGAUGUGACCAGUAAAGCCGUAUCAGAUAUUACAUCACAUUGAGAUCCACUCGAUCCUAUAAACGUGAAGCAAAAUAGAAAAUAAACUACUGCCAGCAUCUGCAUGAAAUCACAUUACAUCACGGGUGUCCCAUUUUAAUCUGUAUUAACUGAACAACUAAUACAGAAAAUAAAGUUUCUUGUGUAAAUGAAAGUACCCAGCAGCUUUGUAAUAAUUAGUCCUGUAUCUUGCAGUCGGCGUACCUGGCACCGGCUCUUGCAGUCUGCGUACCUGGCGCCCGCUCUUGCAGUCUGCGUACUUGGCGCCCGCUCUUGCAGUCUGCGUACCUGGUGCCGGUUCUUGCAGUCUGCGUACCUGGUGCCGGUUCUUGCAGUCUGCGUACCUGGCGCCGGUUCUUGCAGUCUGCGUACCUGGCGCCGGCUCCCGCAUUCUCUCUUUUAGAGUCUUGAUUGUUGAUUGUUGAAUAUAUAUUAGUAUUCUUAUAAAUCUGAUCUUUUGAAUAUCAAUAACUCUAAUACUUAAUCCUAUUUUUGCAGCUUUUCAGAGUAAGGAUAACGAUUUGAGGGUAAAGCCAGCUUUACCAGAAAAACCAAUGACAUCCGCAAACAAACCACUGACACAGGCUUUUAAAUCGCUAUCACUGGAUGACGAGCUUCCAGGGGAGCCGAAAGAAUUGGCUACUAAAGGUAAACACGGAUUCACCAAACCCUCCUCUGAAGGGGCACUGACAAUUCUAUUUUAUUUAACUUAUUAAAUUUAAUCUAGCUGCAAUCUUUAGCAAACCGAUAUUACGCAGAAAGUAAAAGAUUUUUCGUAGCUGUAAAAUAUGUACACACACACACGCGCACACACACAAGAAUGAGCACUUUAGAGCCAAUCUCUGCUUCGAACUUUCUGGGUACAUCCUGCGUGAUGCCCUCUCUUGUGUUCGUGUGAUUUCUCCCUGUACACAGCUAGAGACCCAUAGAAAAACACACAGCACAGAGCUUGCACCCAUACCUCCUCGGCAUUGUUCCAACUUGUAGUGCAUAAUCUUCCCAGAAUAGUGGGGACUAUCACAGCAGCAACGUCAGACCGUUCCAGAUUAAAGGCCAUGGAUUUGGAAUGUUUGACGAGCAGGUGGCCACAUGAUUCUGGCCAUCAAAUUUUGUAAUGUGCUAUGGUGUCAUAUACCAGAGGGGUAUACUAUAACUAGCUCUAGGUCGUGUUAGAAAAGCCUCACUAUUCGUGUGUGUACACAGUCAGUGUGAAUGGUCUCUCCCUGUGUGUAAUCACAGCCGCACUGUCAGUGUGAUUCCUGUCUCUCCCUGUGUGUAAUCACAGCGGCACUAUGACUGUGUGUGUGGGUGUGUACACAGUCAGUGUGAAUUGUCUCUCCCUGUAUGUACUCACAGCCGCACUAUCUCUGUGUGUGUUUACACUGUCUGUGAGUGUGACUCAUUUCGUUGUCUGUGGUUAUGUCUGGACUGUUACUCAGGUUUUUCUUGUGUAAUAAUUCAGGCCAUCUUCACACCGAGCACGUUCUGAGAAGCACACAGUUUGUGCGAUCUAUUGUGGGUCUGUUUUCCUGUUGGCUGUGGCUAACCUGAAAUGUAUACGUUGUAUUUUCUGUGUUUCAGAAGAGUUAGCUCUGCGGCUGAGCCGAUCCAUAGAGAGCGGGGAUGAGCAGAUGGCAGUGCAGUGUGCAUUGAUGCUGACCAAACAGAAAAUUCCUCUUCAAAUCCAAUUAAAACAAACCACCUACCCCAAGAAACAGAUCCUGUAAGUCACAAAUCAGUGAAUUUAACCAAUAGAAAUUGUUUCAUUAUGAGUUUAAUCCCUGGAAUAUAGUGUAUCCCUAGAGCGUGGCUCAUAGUGAGUGUAAUCCCUGGAAUAUAGUGUAUUCAUAGAGCGUGGCUCAUAGUGAGUGUAAUCCAUGGAAUAUAGUGUAUUCAGAGAGUGUGGCUCAUAGUGAGUGUAAUCCAUGGAAUAUAGUGUAUUCAUAGAGCGUGGCUCAUUGUGAGUUUAAUCCCUGGAAUAUAGUGUAUUCAUAGAGCGUGGCUCACUGUGAGUGUGUAAUCCAUGGAAUAUAGUGUAUUCAUAGAGCGUGGCUCACUGUGAGUGUGUAAUCCAUGGAAUAUAGUGUAUUCAUAGAGCGUGGCUCAUUAUGAGUUUAAUCCCUGGAAUAUAGUGUAUCCCUAGAGCGUGGCUCAUAGUGAGUGUAAUCCCUGGAAUAUAGUGUAUUCAUAGAGCGUGGCUCAUAGUGAGUGUAAUCCCUGGAAUAUAGUGUAUUCAUAGAGCGUGGCUCAUUGUGAGUGUGUAAUCCCUGGAAUAUAGUGUAUCCCUAGAGCGUGGCUCAUUGUGAGUUUAAUCCCUGGAAUAUAGUGUAUUCACAGAGCAUGGCUCAUAGUGAGUGUAAUCCAUGGAAUAUAGUGUAUUCAUAGAGCGUGGCUCAUUGUGAGUGUGUAAUCCAUGGAAUAUAGUGUAUCCCUAGAGCGUGGCUCAUUGUGAGUUUAAUCCCUGGAAUAUAGUGUAUCCCUAGAGCGUGGCUCAUAGUGAGUGUAAUCCAUGGAAUAUAGUGUAUUCAUAGAGCGUGGCUCAUUGUGAGUGUGUAAUCCAUGGAAUAUAGUGUAUCCCUAGAACGUGACUCAUUGUGAGUGUGUAAUCCCUGGAAUAUAGUGUAUUCAUAGAGCGUGGUUCAUUGUGAGUGUAAUCCAUGGAAUAUAGUGUAUUCAUAGAGCGUGGCUCAUAGUGAGUGUAAUCCCUGGAAUAUAGUGUAUUCAUAGAGCGUGGCUCAUAGUGAGUGUAAUCCAUGGAAUAUAGUGUAUUCAGAGAGUGUGGCUCAUAGUGAGUGUAAUCCAUAGUGUAUUCAUAGAGCGUGGCUCAUAGUGUAGUGUUCAUAGAGCGUGGCUCACUGUGAGUGUGUAAUCCAUGGAAUAUAGUGUAUUCAUAGAGCGUGGCUCAUUGUGAGCUGGAAUAUAGUGUAUUCAUAGAGCGUGGCUCAUUGUGAGUGUGUAAUCCAUGGAAUAUAGUGUAUCAUUGUAAUCCCUGGAAUAUAGUGUAUUCAUAGAGCGUGGCUCACUGUGAGUGUGUAAUCCAUGGAAUAUAGUGUAUUCAUAGAGCGUGGCUCAUGAGUGUAAUCCCUGGAAUAUAGUGUAUUCAUAGAGCGUGGCUCAUUGUGAGUUUAAUCCCUGGAAUAUAGUGUAUUCAUAGAGCGUGGCUCACUGUGAGUGUGUAAUCCAUGGAAUAUAGUGUAUUCAUAGAGCGUGGCUCAUUGUGAGUUUAAUCCUUGGAAUAUAGUGUAUUCAUAGAGCGUGGCUCACUGUGAGUGUGUAAUCCAUGGAAUAUAGUGUAUUCAUAGAGCGUGGCUCAUUGUGAGUGUGUAAUCCCUGGUAUAUAGUGUAUUCAUAGAGCGUGGUUUAUAGUGAGUUUAAUCCCUGGAAUAUAAUGUAUUCAUAGAGCGUGGCUCAUAGUGAGUGUAAUCCCUGGAAUAUAGUAUAUUCAUAGAGCCGUGGCUCAUUGUGAGUGUGUAAUCCAUGGAAUAUAGUGUGUAACGAAAUCCCUUAUUUACAGACCAUACGAACAAGCCUGUUCGGUUAUUUGGAGGAUUACAGCAGGAUUUUGUGAAAAUAGCCAUAAAAGCGAAUAGCCUACCGAACCACUGACCUCCCACUGAGGUCGUGUGGCGCCUAUUGACCACCCUGACUGUUGCGGUUAACCACAGACUAAUUGGGGAAUAGCUGGUGGUCCGCGUUCGUUUACCGAACACGUGGCAAUCGCCAUUUUGUAUUGUCGAACGCUCAGCGGUAAAUGGCGAGGAUUCCCUGGAACUGAUCUCGGCUAUUUAUUUUGUCGAACACCGCUGCUACCUCCUCCCAUCCUCGUUCGUACAGUGGAAAAACAUGAAGGGGAUACUACUUCAUUCGUGCGCUGAAAGAAUGCGAAAGUGACCGACCCCAGAUAGCUAUAGUAUGGAACUUGUAGUCGGCUACAAACACACGAACGGCCGGUGAAAGUCAAACUUCAGUCGACAAUUCUGAGACCUGUGUUCGUGGGAUCUGAGCACUAUUCGCCUAGAAUAUGCACUCAGAUCCAAGCUAUCUGGGGAUAUGUGGAACUUAAAGUUUAUGUUGUGUAAAAAGAAAGUUAUAGAUUUUUAUUCUGUUUUGCUGAAAUAAGAAAAGCCAUGUUUCUUUCUUCCUGGAGAUAAUGAAGGCUCUCUUUGCUACCUUAAGUUAAUUAUCUCCAGGGUGGAAAAGAGGGAGUGAUUUAUGUAAAAGGGGAGUGCUUAUGCUAUAGCCACUGUGAUUGGCUACUGUGUUACUUGUGUCCCAGUCUUCCAUCUGGUCCCCUAGGGGAGUGUCCACCAGGUGGAAGACCUGCAUAAAUACCGGGCGGGUAGCCCACAGUAAAUCAGAUCGUUUUACCCCUUCAUGAAGUCUCGGGGGGAUUGGGAGUUAUAAUCACUUCGUUUCAGCUGGAUUUCGGGAGAAGCUGCAAGGAUCAUCGCGAAUAGAAGGAUCCUUUACAUAGUGUAUUCAUAGAGCGUGGCUCAUAGUGAGUGUAAUCCAUGGAAUAUAGUGUAUUCAUAGAGCAUGGCUCAUAGUGAGUGUGUAAUCCCUGAAAUAUAGUGUAUUCAUAGAGAAUGGCUCAUAGUGAGUUUAAUCCCUGGAAUAUAGUGUAUUCAUAGCAGAAAUAACAGUAAUAAUGGAGUACGUGCAGGGACAGAACACGUCACGCACUGCCACGCUCGGUUUAUUGGACGGUUAAUCCAGAUGCGCUGUAGCAUUCAUUGUAUCUUUUCACAGUAUGAAAAUCUGGUAGCAUUCAUUGUAUCUUUUCACAGUAUGAAAAUCUGCGUUGAAGAUGCUUCUGGAUCGGUUAACAUCUCGACCUCUGUACAAGCUCACACUACAAUAGCCACGCUAAAACAGCAGGUUAGUGUGUGACUGCGAUACAAUAGCCACGCUAAAACAGCAGGUUAGUGUGUGACUGUGAUACCAUAACCACAAUAAAACAGCAGGCUAGUGCGCUAAUGUGAUACAAUAGCCACGCUAAAACAGCAGGUUAGUGUGUGACUGUGAUACCAUAACCACAAUAAAACAGCAGGUUAGUGUGUGACUGUGAUACCAUAACCACAAUAAAACAGCAGGUUAGUGUGUGACUGCGAUACCAUAACCACAAUAAAACAGCAGGUUAGUGUGUGACUGCGAUACAAUUUCCAUAUACUCCCCCGCUCUUCCUUCUAGCCUGCAGCUAUAUACCCUCUAUCCUUCCUUCUAGCCUGCAGCUAUAUACCCUCUAUCCUUCCUUCUAGCCUGCAGCUACAUACCCUCUAUCCUUCCUUCUAGCCUGCAGCUAUAUACCCUCCCUUCUAGCCUGCAGCUAUAUACCCUCUAUCCUUCCUUCUAGCCUGCAGCUAUAUACCCUCUAUCCUUCCUUCUAGCCUGCAGCUAUAUACCCUCUAUCCUUCCUUCUAGCCUGCCUGCAGCUAUAUACCCUCUAUCCUUCCUUCUAGCCUGCAGCUAUAUACCCUCUAUCCUCCCUUCUAGCCUGCAGCUAUAUAUAGCCUGCAGCUAUAUACCCUCUAUCCUUCCUUCUAGCCUGCAGCUAUAUACCCUCCCUUCUAGCCUGCAGCUAUAUACCCUCUAUCCUUCCUUCUAGCCUGCAGCUAUAUACCCUCUAUCCUCCCUUCUAGCCUGCAGCUAUAUACCCUCUCUUCUAGCCUGCAGCUAUAUACCCUCCCUUCUAGCCUGCAGCUAUAUACCCUCUAUCCUUCCUUCUAGCCUGCAGCUAUAUACCCUCUAUUCUAGCCUGCAGCUAUAUACCCUCCCUUCUAGCCUGCAGCUAUAUACCCUCUAUCCUUCCUUCUAGCCUGCAGCUAUAUACCCUCUAUCCUCCCUUCUAGCCUGCAGCUAUAUACCCUCCCUUCUAGCCUGCAGCUAUAUACCCUCCCUUCUAGCCUGCAGCUGUCCUUAAUAUAGAAUGCCAUUGAUGUGGCUCGGAAUGAAAACUAUUCCCAAAUCAUUGAUUGCUGAAAACCUUGCUACUAAACAGCUAUUUACAAUAAAACCUUAAUUUAGGGCCUUUUUAUUGUGUAUUUAAAAUUCUAUUUUUGACCGUGUUCACCUCCUUCUUGUUUUAUUUAGAUCUCUCGGGAAUUUCUGUUCCAUCCAAAUAUUCAGCGCUGGAUAAUUGGCCAAUGUCUCUGUUCAGAUGAUCGAACAAUUGCUUCUUAUGGAAUAAGGCAAGAUGGCGACACUGCUUUCCUGUACCUCAUCUCGGCCAAGCAGGGGAGACUCCACCCGCAAGAUCACUGUGUCAGCAACAACGCCCAGCCUCUGUCUAAGCCUCUAGUGAGCUUGGAGGAAAAACAAACUCAAAGUAAAACGCUCCCAACCAGAACACAUGCUAAUAGCGGUACGUAAUUCUUACAAUCCAAGGCUGGAGUUUAAUGGCCAUGCCUCUGGUUUGGUGGGAAGGAUACUGGCGUGUCUCCAUGGUAUAUAGAUGUCAGAUUACUUGAUGAUCAAAAUAACUGGGUUUUUUUUGUUUUGUUUUUAAUAAAUGUUUUUUAGCUUCAACCAACCCGAGGCCUGGAAAUGAUGAACUGCUCAGAGAUAUUCCCAGAAUUUUAAACCCUGAAUUUUCGAAGCAUCCAGUACAUGUUCCCGCACCACUUCUCUCACCAGCCAUGGUUUGUACAUACUCUGUUCUUGUCUGGCGGCUCCCACUACAAUGAUCAUGCUCUAUAGAAUGGGAUGUCUGAUUCAUUGAGAAUUAGCCGGGCUCUAUAGAAUGGAAUGUCCUUCUCAUUUAGCAUUAGCCGGGCUCUAUAGAAUGGAACGUCCUUCUCAUUUAGCAUUAGCCGGGCUCUAUAGAAUGGAACGUCCUUCUCAUUUACCAUUAGCCGGGCUCUAUAGAAUGGAAUGUCCUACUCGUUUACCAUUAGCCGGGUUCUGUAGAAUGGAAUGUCCUACUCAUUUAGCAAAAGCCAGGGUCUAUAGAAUGGAAUACAGUGUAAAAUAGAAAAAAGUGAUAAGCGCACAUCGUAUAUAAAAGGAGUUAUUACCUCAUACAUACAUUCCUCUUGUUAUGAAUAACAUAAAUAUUUCCUAUACAGAGAUGCAAAUAGAACACAACAUAGUGUAAUCUGUAUACAUAAUAGAUUACAGUGACCCAAUGUAAGCUAAGUGCAGAUAUGUAAGUAACUCUGACACCCUGGUGAGGUCCCCUUAACCUUCACCCACAAAGGAGUACAAACACAAAGAAAAUAAGGCGGAGUAUCUUACAUGCACUUUCCAAAUAAUCCUUUACAUAGGUACAUUCCUAUAAUGUGCCCUAAAAGGAAAUAAGACAAUAGAUAAUAGUGCAAUAUUGUCUGUACAGUGAAUUUCAUAAAUCCAAUAAGAUUUCAACAAGUGCAAACUCACAAAGAUGGAGCCACUAUGAAUUGGGCUCAAGCAAUUCGCCUUGUGGGAUGUAAAGAGUCCCACUCCCUUCUCUGUAUUCCGGGAUCCUUGUUAAGGAUAAUCACAGAUUCGCAGAUGGAGUAUGAUAAAAUAAUAAAAAAUUUAUUUAAAUCAAAAGAAAUAAAACAAUUUUAAAAGACCUUACAAUCUCUGUAGAAUAGUCUUUGUAGCAAAACGCGUUUCGCCCCUUCAAGGGGCUUCCUCAGUUGCUGUAAAUUUUCCUCAAUGUCUCUUCACAAUUUAAAAACCGUCUAUUACCGCCUUUUUCGUCGUCCCUUUCUUUAUUUCCGGCUCGCCGAACUUCCGGUUUCCGGUCCUUGCGUUCCACCUUUAAAUUCAUUUCUUUUAAUACUAAACAGAAUAUGAAAUUAAACACUUUAUCACAUGCAAUACUGCUGAUGUUGUUUAUAUGAUAACAUGUCCCUGCGGGUUACAAUAUGUAGGGAAAACGUCUCGUUCAUUAAAAAUACGAAUUAGGGAGCAUAUAUACAACAUCAGGAGAAGAUUCCCUAACCAUUGUUUAUCUAAACAUUUUUUGGAAUAUCAUGAUGGAGACCCAGCAGGCCUGGAUUUUUUUGCAAUAGAUCAUAUUAAAAUACACUGGAGAGGGGGUGAUAAGGAUAAUCUUUUAAGCAAAAAUGAGAUGAAAUGGAUUUUUAAUUUGGAUACACUUACACCGGGGGGAUUAAACGUAGAUUUUGAAAUUAAUACUUAUAUUUAACUAUAAUUAUUUAUUAAAUCUAUUGGAUAUUAUUUUAGGUUGUUUUAUAUUAAUAAGAUAUUUUUUAAUUCUAAUUUUAGUAAUACUGAUUAAUAUUUUAUAAAUAUUGAUUAUAAUAAGUGUAUUUUAAGUAUGAUGCAUUCUCCCGAUAUACCUUUAAAUGUGAAUAAGAAGAUUUUUCUAUUUUGAUCUUUUAUUUCCCUUUUAAAUUUAUUCCCUCUUCUUUUGCCUCUCUUUUACCUUUUUUUAAUCCUUUUUUUGAGAAAGAGAGAGUUUAACUGUUGCUAAUAUUCUACGUAUUGCAAUAAGAAUAUCUGACUAUAAUAUUUGUUUUAAUGUUAUUGACAAUAUGUAUGAAGUAUGUUGCCAAUAGGACUCUGAUUAUUGCAACAUGAAAGACUGUUUAAGUGAAUGGACUAGUUCGCUGUUCCUUUUCUUCAAUGAACAUGGAAGUAAAUUGAGAUCGUUAAGGAUGCUAGGAUGCCCAAUAAAGUUGCAACAAAAAAAAGAAGGGGGAGGAGCUUAUUUCCGAAAAAAGGCGCGAAAAUUUGCCUAUUUAAAAAUGGAACUGACUGAAUGGACUCACACUUUGAUAAAGGCUUUGGCUGAAACGCGUUAGUGUGCAGAGGUGGAAUUGCUGAAUUUUAAUUUUUACUGCUGCUGUCUUUUUUUGCUGCUAUACCGAAUAAAGGUUUUCAUUAAAGAUCCUGCAUCCUGGAUUUUGUAAAGCAAGAAGGAGCAAGCAAUUAAGCAGUUGGAUUACAACGACCACCUCACUAAUCCAUUCAAUGUUCCUAGUCUGAGCCAGCUUCCAUAUUAAGUGGCUCAUGAAUAUGUGAGUUUAUUCAAGUAUUUACUCAUUCAUAUAUUAUUUGUACGUUAUUACCCUAUGCCUGUUUUUCCCAUUGUGUUUUUACAGGUUUUAUAAUGAAUAUAAGGGUAAUUAUUGUUUCUCUGUGCUCUCACCAUUUUUUACUGUUUUAACCAUUUAUUUAUGUGAGGUGGAGUGACCCACAUUGCUGGUGAUUGUAGCACUUUGUCCUAUAUUGUUUUUUUCACCAUAUAUACACUUAUUUUAUUGCACUAUUAUCUAUUGUCUUAUUUCCUUUUAGGGCACAUUAUAGGAAUGUACCUAUGUAAAGGAUUAUUUGGAAAGUGCAUGUAAGAUACUCCGCCUUAUUUUCUUUGUGUUUGUAAUCUGUAUACAUAUUUGGUGAGUAGAUGUCAAAAUUCAAAACAGUUUCUGAGCCCAUUAAAGUUGCCUCUGAACUUAUGGAGCAUGUAUGUCUCCUUAUGGACACAGUAGCUUCAUCCAGUAUUUGGGUCCCACAGGAUACAGGGUUGUUGAAAAUCAGGAACUCCAAGGAGAGGUAAUCAACUAAAAAAACGAUUAAUUGUUAUAUAUUAAAUUAUAAAACACAAACGUUUCAACCCCACAAAGGGUCUUCCUCAGGUGCUAGUGAAUGUUACACAACUGUGAAAAUACUUUUAUAGGUAUACAUAAACACACAAUUAAUUACACAUGUUACACAAAUCACUCCCAUUACCAAAUCAGGUCCGAACCGGAAGCGUGUUCUGCCACCCCCAAAAUGGCGACAUUUCUGGUUCGGAUGUAUGUCCCCGCAAUCUUGGUAACAUUUUAUAUAAAAGCAAAUCACACAGUUAAAGAAAAAAGCAAAUAAUAACUAGAAAACAUGGAUGGAAAUCUUUCUUUCUUUAAAACAGAAUCAAACUGUAAAUUUUUGGAGUCCUCAAUCUGGAGUAGCAGUCAUCGUGUGAUUCCCGUUACGUCAUUUCCUGUGACGUAUCGGGUCUGUAUUCCAAAGUCCGAUACGUCACUUCCUGUGACUUCUUGCUGCACGGAAAAUCAUUUCCAACGGGUGAUCACAGCGUCCAAAAAGAUAUAGAUGCAAAUGAGGUCUUUAGAGUCUUGUAAGCCCGAAGUCAUGGGCACCAUUUGUAAAGAGGUAUAAAAUCCAAGGCAUCAUAGGCAUCACUUUCUCUAAGUAUAUUUAGUGACAAUAUACUUGGGUGAAAUACCAGCACAGCAUGUUUGUUUUUUGACUCUUGAGCGCCGCCUAUAUUUUGUUUUCUAAUUUUUAUAGAAUGGAAUGUCAUACUCCUUUAGCAUUAGCUUUACUCUAUAUAAUGGAAUGGUAAGUUUUGAUUGACGUAUUUCUUUUUUCUGCACAGCUUAAUGACUGUUACUGUUCUUCAUUUGCAGGCAGAUGGCUGGGCAUGUUCUGUUUGCACGUAUAUUAAUAAACCGACUCGGCCUGGCUGUGAGAUGUGUAGCUCCGACCGACCCACAGAUUAUGUCGUCCCUGAAAAAUACAAACCUGACGAGAUUGAAAGGAAGCGGUUACAACAGGAAAACGACAGUUUGAUUCAGUACAAACAGGUAUGGAUGAAAUCGGAGAGCUGCAUGUUUCUACCUUCAUCCCCAGUGCACUUUUAUCCCCUCUGUCCAUGCUAACCCCCCUCUUGUCCUGAGUGAGCUCUAAUCCCCAGUGCACUUUUAUCCCCUCUGUCCAUGCUAACCCCCCUCUUGUCCUGAGUGAGCUCUAAGCCUCCCUCCCCACCCUUAUCCUUGGUGCGCUGUUAAUUCACCCCCAUCUGUUCCGUCCUCAGAGAAAUCCUAAACCCACCUCUCUUUGCUGAACUCACACGUUAGUUGCACUGUGUUGGUUAGGUUACAGUUAGUUAUACUGGGUGGGUUUAUAUUAUUAAAGGGACACUCCAGGCUCCCACACAUGUUAGAUGCACUGUGUAGGUUAGGUUACAGUUAUAUUGGGUGGGUUUAUAUUAUUAAUGGGACACUCCAGGCUCCAACACACGUUAGAUGCACUGUGUAGGUUAGGUUACAGUUAGCUAUACUGGGUGGGUUCAUAUUAUUAAAGUGACACUCCAGGCUCCCACACACGUUAGAUGCACUGUGUAGGUUAGGUCACAGUUAUACUGGGUGGGUUUAUAUUAAUAAAGGGACACUCCAGGUUCCCACACAUCAAGUGCAUUGUGUAGUUUAGUUAUCAAUACAUUUACUACCAGCUCUGGUGCUGAUGAAUUGCAUAACCAAUCACUUGAUGAAUGAUAUCCUCUCAGCACAUGUGUAAUUAAAGUGGUUUAACUUAUAGACUGGAGGAGAACGAGAGACUGUCAGCCAGUUUUAAAGGCACCAACUAUCACUCGGUGAUCCCGAGCCGCUGAAACUAAUGUGCAAUAUCGCUGUGAAUCUGCCAUGAAUAAUACAAUGAUCUGCCAUGUUCUGUGUCCAAAGUGGGCGGCCAUGAACGUUGUUCCACUGAAACGCCUUAUUUCACGGGCAUGACAAGAAGGAAACCAGCCUUCAAAAAUAUCUCCUAGUCUGCAUAUGAAGAUCGAAAUAGCUAAUGCCAUUCAAUAGGUCUUAAAAUCUCAAGUCCUAUGCCAUUAGCAUGGCUUUUAACGUUACUGUCCACUGCAUGCCUGGAGGGUCCGUGUCACACACCUGGAUGAAUCUCUACUUGCCGGGGAUAAAGCAGCCAUCUGCCUGCUAGUGGCGAGUGGAAAUUUUGAGCCCUCCCAUAUUUUCAUACAUGAUAGUGAUAUUUAUUUUUAUUUAAAAUGUUAACCUUUCAGUCUAUAUAUUUUCAACGAUUGAUUAUUACCAGUCAGUAGAUGGUUUUACAAAGCUAUUUAAAGGUCAUUAUUAAAAUUAACAUUCUGAGCGGAAGUGAAAUUUGCCUCUUUCUUAAUGCUUCAUGAUAAUUCCCAGCUUAGUGAGCUAACCCCAUGUAACCCCUUUCUUACAUGUUUUUGGAAGAUGUAAAGAAUGGGCAGCGGCUACAUUCUAUUUUGACGCUAACAGGGAGUCUGAGUUUUCACCCAAAUCUGGAGAACGGAACAUCUAGUCGUUAUCAGUGCCUCCACUCAGUGAUUCUGCAUACGAAGAAACCCACCCCACUGGGUAGAUGGGGAUGACAUGCUAAGACAAAAAAUGUCAAAUUGUGAGGCAAUGGUUAUUAAACUCGAUCACACCGCAUGGAUCAGUUCGUUCAGGUGUUUCAGACUUUGCUGGCGUGUACCUUUUAUCUCCAACCUGAAUCGCUCCCUACUCCACAUACUCAACAAGCUGCUGUUGCAUUAUCUAGAACUCACCGUGCCGUCAAUAAGCCUAUUUCCUCCUCCCAGAUUUAGUGGUGAUCCCCAUAAAUAUCGGGGCUUCUGUCAAACAGCUCGGUGAUAAGUGGAAUAUUAUUCAAUACAUUAACGUAGAUCUCUGUUUUUCUUGGAGACCAAAAAAAUAACAUGCACUGACCGGAGAGGAGCAUCUACAUAUAAAACGUUUUAUCAAGUGAGUUUUGGAAAUGCUCCUCCAUAAUUUUACUUAUAAAUCUUCAUUGGCUGGGUACACUGACCAUCAGGUUACAGGAAUGAAGGGCAAAGUGGUUAGAACUAUAGGAUCUGUAUCCUGGUUAUAUUCUCUCCCUUGUAAAAUUCACAGCCUCCCACUGGCAAGACAUGUUACAUAGUUACAUAGCUGAAAAGAGACUUGCGUCCAUCAAUUUCAGCCUUCCUCACAUUUGUUUUUGCUGUUGAUCCAAAAGAAGGCAAAAAACCCAGUCUGAAGCGCUUCCAAUUUCGCAACAAACUAGGAAAAAAAAUAUUUCUUGACCCCAAAAUAGCAGUCAGAUGUCUCCUUGGAUCAAGCAGCUAUUACCCCACUAAUUAGAAAUUAUAUCCCUGGAUGUUAUGUUUUUGUAAGUAUUUAUCUAAUUGCAGUUUAAACAUCUGUAUGGACUCUGACAAAACCACCUCUUCAAGCAAAGAAUUCCAUAUCCGUAUUGCUCUUACUGUAAAAAAACCUUUUCUUUGCCUUAGAUGAAAUCUCCUUUCUUCCAGCCUAAAUGUGUGACCUCUUGUCCUAUGUAUAGCCCUGUUUAUGAAUAGAUUUCCAGAUAAAGGUUUGUACUGGCCCCAAAUAUAUUUGUAUAAAGUUAUCAUAUCCCCUCUCAGGUGCCGUUUUUCCAAACUAAAGAGAUUUACAUUUUUUAACCUUUCUUCGUUACAUAAAAUGCCCCCAUUCCUUUUAUCAGUUUUGUAGCUCAUCUCUGCACUUUUUCAAGUGCCAUGAUAUCUUUCUUUAGAACAGGUGCCCAAAAUUGCACAGCAUAUUAAAGGUGUGGUCUUACCAGCGAUUUAUAAAGAGGCAAAAUUAUAUUUUCAUCCCGAGAAUUUAUCCCCUAUGUAUACAUGACAAAACCUUACUGGCCUUAGCAACUGCAGAUUGACAUAUUGCUGCCUAAUUUGUUGUCUAUAACAAUUCACAAAUCCUUCUCGUGUGUAGUUAUCCCUAGUUCACUACCAUUUAGGGUGUAAGUUGCUUGUGCAUUCUUAACCCCGAAGUGCAUAACUUUGCAUUUCUCUACGUUAACUUUCAUCUGCCAUUUGAGUGCCCAGUCCCCCAGUCUAUCUAAAUCCCUCUGCAGCAAAGUUAUAGCUUGCUCACAUUUUAUUACUUUACAACGUUUUGUGCCAUCUGCAAACACUGAUACAUGGCUUUCAAUGCCCAUUUCAAGAUCAUUUAUAAAUAUGUUAAAUAGAAGCGUUCCCAAAACAGAACCCUGAGGGACACUACUUACCACUUUUCUCCAGCUUGAAAAUUUACCAUUAAUGACAACUCAUUGUACUCAAUCCUUAAGCCAGUGUUCUACCCAAGAACAAGAAUAUUCAUCUAGACCAAUUUCUUUUAGUUUAAAGACUAACCUAUUGUGAGGAACCGUAUCAAAUGCCUUGUCAAAAUCCAAGUAGAUCACAUCCACUGCCACACCCUGAUCUAUACUUCUACUUACUUCUUCGUAGAAUGCAAUUAGGUUAGUUUGACGUGACCUAUGUUUCAUAAAACCAUGCUGAUUAUUGCUAAUUACACAGUUCUUCCCAAUGAAUUCCUGAAUAUUAUCCCUUAAUAGCCCUUCAAAUAAUUUGCCAGUCACAGAAGUUAAGCUCACAGGUCUAUAAUUUCCAUGCAAGGAUUUUGAACCCUUUUUGAAUAAAGGAACCACAUCUGCCUUCCUCCAAUCCUCCGGUACAACACCUGAAACAAAAGAAUCUUGAAAAAUUAAAUACAGAGAUUCACUUAUUUCCCCACUUAGCUCCUUAAGUACUCGUGGGUGAAUAUCGUCAGGCCCCGGAGCUUUAUUUACAUUAAUUUUCUUUAAUAGCUGUAGCACCUUGUCUCAAGUUAUCCAAUCACAAGUUAUCUGCAAGUUUGUUGCAGCAAUCAUUUGCAUAUCUCUUGCCAUAGGAUCCUCAUUAAUAUAUACUGAAGAAAAAGUUAUUUAAAAUUUCAGCCUUUUCCUGGUCUACAUUAGCUAAUAAACCCAUCUCUGUUUCAAGUGUACUUACACUUUCAUUUUUUGUUUUUUUAGAAUUGAUGUACUUGAAAAAAAUGUUGGUUGGUUUUGCAUUCUUUGGCUAUCAAUUUCUCAUUUUCUAGUUUAGCAACUUUAACUGCAUUUUUGCAAGUAUUAUUGGCUUCCUUAUAUCUUAUAUAGGAUGUCUCUGAUUUGUCCGAUCUAAAUGCUUUAAAUGCCCUUUUCUUAUUUUUAAUCUCUUGUUUUACAACUCUACUAAGCCACAUUGGUUUUAAUUUGUUUCUUUUAUAAUUAUUACCCAAUGGUACAUCCUGUGAAAUGUACCUUUCUAAUAUUUGUUUGUAUAGUUUCCAUUUAUCCUCAGUGUUUUUAUCACUAAGGAGUUUAUGCCAGUCGAUAUGUUGUAGAGCUGCCCUAAUCUUAAUAAAAUUGGCUUUUUUAAAAUUAUACGUUUUUAAUAUACCCCGCAUGCUUUUGCUUUUUUGAGUUUAUUUCAAAAGUUACCAUAUUGUGAUCACGAUUUCCCAAAUGCUCCCCUACUUGAAUGUUGGUCAAAAGAUCAACAUUGUUUGUUAUAACGAGAUCCAGACAAGCGUCCUUUCUACUAGGCUCUUUACCAGUUGUGACAUGAAGGUGUCAUUUAACAAGUUCAAAAACCAGAUUCCUCAGGGGGCAGAGCCUGACUGUAAAGCGGAGCAGUCGCAUGGCACUGAAGCUCCAGCGAUACAAACUAAACUUCGUCCUUAUGAGACCGAUAACCUUGGCUAAAACGGCAGAAAAUACAGAGAAGCGAUUGCAGAACCGACAUGGGUCGAAAAUCUAAAAAACAAAAGCCUGAUCAGCCGAGGAAGAGCCAAGAUAUUGGGGCCAUGUGGAGACGAGUCCACGGAACAGCAAGGCCCAAGAUGGCUGACCACACUGAAACAUACUCUGACUACUCCGAUGACUUCUCCUUGGGGGAGGACACACCCGAUACACCAAGCUUACCUGCGGUCGGGACAAUACCCCUGCACCCUGACGGCGCACCGCUCACAACGGCUGUACUGAAGGCCUUGCUGGCGGGCCUCCAGACCACGCUACAGGGGGUCAUUCAAGCCUUUCACCACAAUCUUCAGGCAACAGAACAUACAAUACAGAUGGCGCCUAGACCAUUCCCUACAGGUACUGACAGGAGAGGGUAAACGCACAGUCUACAAUCUAAAAGGAGCACAAGACCUGUCACACACUUUGGGACUAUCAGGAGGCUAUGCGCAGCACGGCACCACCAGAAAACGCAGAUACGCCACAUGGAUGGGACCCCGAGCGGGUCAAAACCUUUGUACCGUGGCAGCCCAUACAGGGCUCCUCUGAAACGGCAGGUACCUGAAGACCCCCUACGACCUGAAGACCACAGACAUUAAUUAUUGGGACUAUGUACCAUUGGCUUGAUAACCACAACUUAAUGACAUCUCAGUUAAUUCUCUUAUCAGUUGAAAUUUUUUUUUUUUUAUUGUUUAGUUUGUUCAUGCCAUGCCUUAUGUAAACGAGUACACGCACUGAUACUUCUCUGCUCUCUUAAUCUUUAGCACACGCACUAGGACACACCUUGUUACCCCGAUUUGCAGCUUUCCCAAUUUGCUCUAACAGCUGUUCUUCCUCAUUAAUAUUUACAUUAGGUGGUUUAUAACAUAUCCCAACCAAUAAUUUAUUUCCCUUUGUUUGCCCCAGGCAGAUAUCUACCCAUAAAGCCUCCACAUUUUCCUCGUCACACUCCACAUGCCUAAGAUUUGGCUUUAACUCAUGGCUGACAUAUAAACAUACCCCACCACCCUUCUUGUUUUUCCUAUCCUUCCUAAAUAACGUGUACCCAUUUAAGUUAACUGCUCCGUCAUGUGUCUCAUCACACUAUGUUUCUGUUAUGCCUAUUAGAUCAUAUUGUUUAGUGAAUGCUAAUGCCUCUAGUUCCCCCAUUUUGCUAUAUAGGCUCUGUAAGGAAACAAAGUAUAUUUAAACCUCAUUCGGUAGUUUCCUCCCGAACCGCCAGAGCAUCAGUGAUUAUAGCUCUCCGUUCGGUAGAUAAAGUAGACGAAUCGUAUAGUAAUCCCAGUAGCUUUAUAAGAUAAUUCCCUUAGUGAAACACCCGAAUCCCCAAACAUCAGCCGAAGUCAAGAAGAAGGGUACAACUGAACUAACUUUUAAUGAGUGCACACAGGCUUUUAUGUAAGUCCCCAUGCAAGGGGACAUCCCCCAGGGAGGGACAAAAAUUAGCCAAUCAGGUACUGUAAAAACAUAACACACACCCACAAUUCCCUCCCCUAGCCCUGGAGAUAAUCAAGUCUGAUAAAGUAAUAACUUGAUUAUCUACAGGCAGAAAAAUCAUUUUUCCCCAAUAUCUGAAACACCCCUUUACACUUGAGGUAUCCCCACAAAUAGUAUGUCCCCUGAUAGCCCCAAACUGGGUGACCAACAUAUUCAAAUUUCACCCAGAUCGGUUCAGGGGUUCUCAAAAACCGUGGAAGUCUUCUGUGACCGGCUCACAGUGGGCUGGCUGCCCAAAACAGUUCCAUGAGUUUGGUGGGUUUUGCCGGUCACUUUAGUAAAAGGGAAAAAGCGAAUAAAGUACCGAAUGGAUCCCCCUGGCUCUCAGCAGCAAUCAUUCCCCUCUGUCGAAUGCACCAAAGUACCGAAUAGCGCUCUUCUAGCUAUUUGGUAAUUAGAGUUCCAGCGUUUGUCUGUUUGAGACCGGUGUUCGGGAAGUCGAGUGUCCGUUUUUAGUUCCAGACACUCGACGACCAAAUCCCGCUGCCUUUGUUCGCAUGAAAAAAGAUGGCCGUGAUUUUCUCAGCCACGUUGCGUUCGGAAGUACGAACGCUGGCCGCACAGAUAGAGGGUUCAAUUGAAGCAGUUUUUGAAGUUUAAUGAGCCAGGGGGUGGUCUUUGUUCGGUAGUUAAAUCUACCGAAUGAAAUAGGGGAGAAAUAUUGUACAAAAGAGGGAUUUCUUCACAGGCUCCAUGCACUAGCAAGCAUUCAUUUAAUAUUACCAUGAGUCAUUUGUACUUUUUGUGAAUAAUCAAUAUUCCAUACCUCCUCUUUUCUGAGCUUUCCUCUCCCCCUAUCUCCACCCCAUUUGUUCUGAGCUAAAGCCCAUCUCCUUUCUAUCCUAUCUCCAUUUUCUAGAUUGCUUUGACCCCCCUCCAUUUUGGAGACCACUUCGAAAAGCGUGUUUUAGGUUUCUUUAACCCCUUAAGGACACAUUACUUGUGUGACAUGUCAUGAUUCCCUUUUAUUCCAGAAGUUUGGUCCUUAAGGAUUUAAAGGACUUUUAUCACCAGACUUAAUACCCUUAUAUCGUUCUUUGGUAUCAUAUUGUAGCUUAUUUUUCUCAUUUAUCUUGUAGCAGCUUGCUGAGCUAAUUUAUAGGGUUUUUUUUUUUUUAAAGAGUUUUUUUCAGAUUUCUGACAUAUUGAUAGUGGGACACUGUAAUAAUUUCUACAAUUUAUUAAUGAUUUUGCUCUGGAAAUCUCAAGUUUGAUCAGAAUGCAAGCGGUUAGGAAGCCCAUAAUGGAUUAAGAAUUUCUGCCAUAACACUUUGGCCACCAUAGUGACUUUCUGGUCUUUUGUGGAUCUUUGCAUCUACAUGAAGGACAUGGAUGGUUUAUCUGGAUUAGCAUAUGCUAACACAGGUGCUUCAGUCUGGUUUUUAAUUUUGUUUUACACGUUUUCUUUUUUUUUCUCUUUGCAAUUGAAGUCCACUUUUCUCAAAAAUGUUUCUUAGGAUGAGGGCUCUUAUGCCCUUUCUCCCCAGAUUCUACCUUCAGAAGAUCAUGCAGACUUUGGCAAUCUUAGAGUAACUCUAACAAAACUACGAUCAGAACCCCAAAAAGUUGUGAAACUCUUCAAUGUUGUCUGGCCUAGGCCAGCUGGUAAGUGCUUUGAUCUUGGAUGGGUCUGUGGCUAGACCCUCAGCUGACACAUUGUGUUCAUCAUAGGUCUUUGGACUCUGAGAAUAUUUACACUUAUCCAUUGACAACUUUAGGCUUUCUUUCUGCAAACAAUGAAGCACUUUCAACAGCCGCUUUUCAUGCUCUGCAGGGGUUUUGCCAAACACGAUUAAAUCGUCCAGAUAGUCCAGGCACUCCCUGUGGCUCAUAUCUCCUAGGGUUUUCUCCAUUAAUUGCUGAAAGAUUGCAGGAGGCAUUCGAGUGAAUUUAAAAAAAACCCAAAGGGCAUCUAAAAGCAGUUUUCUCCUGAUCUCAAUUUUCAUUGGAACUUGGUAAUACCCAAAACGGAGGUCCAAUACACUAAAGCACUUGCUUACAGAUAAAACUUUCAGGAGAUUUUCUAUUUGUGGAAGAGUAGAUUGAUCAGGAAUAGUUUUCUUAUUUAAAAUGUAUAUAGUUGAUGCAUAAUCUGAAUCAUUCUUCUUUCUUACAACCAGGUGAGGCAUGUGGACUUGUAGGCGCUUGAAUGAUCCCAGCUUCCUCCAUUUCAUGAAGUAUAUUUCUCACAUCUUCAUCAUAUUACAGAAUUAUUCUUCUAGAUACAUCCUCAUCAUCAGUCUUUUCAUAAGCAUAAAUAAGGGGCUGGCUGGGAAUGAUAUGCCAUGAAAUUGUAAACACAUGGGGCCAUCUUUAUUUAGAGGACCAUAACCCCUUACCAGAGUUACAGCUAAUUCUGCCUCUUUAUCCUUCCAGUUCCAAUGAACGCUUUUCUCCUUCGAAGGUUAAUCACGUGAAUCGUCUUCAAAAUAUUUGACUCGAUACCAAAUAAUAAUUUAGGUUAAGCCUGAUGAUUACAUUUUCUCCGUUACCAACACUUAAUAAUUAUAAAUGUGGUACUAGGAUCAUGGAGACGCUGUUGAAACCCCCCGCAGGUCCAAAUAACUUCAACUGCAGUAGAAGGGCUAGAUGUUUACAUGAUCUGCACAUUAUGGUUUUGUUUUGUUCAUAUAACCGGUAUAACAUCCACAGAUUUGCAACAAAAGCAAGUUUAGUUUAAAAAAACAAAACAAAAAAAAACCUCCAUUUAAUUUCUAGUAAUUUGUGAAAACAGGACGUGACUAGAAACAAGUGUGCGUGUAUUUACAAACAUUUUAUAUCUCUAUUAAAGGCCAGUUUAUGUCCUAUUUCUACCAAUAAAGCAAACUCCUUGUUGAAAGAAUAAAAUAUUUAUUAUAUAGAGGACAUUGUAUGUUUUUUUUUUUUUUUUACCUUUUCGUGUUUGUCCAGUGCGUUUUACAUCCAAUGGACACAUUUUCAGAAAAUACAACUUCACGUAUUGUAAGGAAAUGGUGGUGUUUUUAUGCUGUUUUACUUUCACAUAAAUAUUUAGUGACCACGAGUCCACUUUUUACAUUUGGUCCCAUUUUUCCAAGUUUAUAUUGAUUACAACUGAUUAAAGUGCCUGCCACUGGAUAAUCUUUUCCUCUGAUGGCUUUAAAAUUUGCUUAAAUUAUUUUUUAAGACUAAACGAUUUACAACGAUCGGUCACAACAAUAAAACCACGGACUAUUGAAGUGAAUAACAUUGAUUAUAUUGACACCUCUCAAUGGGGUGGGAUGUAUUGGGCAGAAAGUAAACAGUCAGAUGUUGAAUUUCAUGUGUUGGAAGUAAGAAAAUUAGGCAAGCAGAAAGUUCUGAGUAACUUUAACAAGGGCCAAAUAGUGCUGGCUAGACCACUGGGUCUGAGUAUCUGUGUGGUGUUCCUGUUAUGCAGUGGUUAGUACCUACCAAAAGUGGUGCAAGGAGGUAUCAGAACACACAGUGCAACAGAAUUUGCUGCAUAUUUGGCUGCAUAGGGGUACACAGGUCAUAGUGCCCGUGAUGACCUCUGUCCACCGUUAAAGGCACCUUCAAUAGGGAUGUGAGCCUCAGAACUGGACCAUGGAGUAGUGGAAAAUGGUUGCCUGGCCUGAUGAAUCACAUUUUUCUUUUUAGAUCGGGUGGAUGACCAGGUACAUGUCAUUUUCCUGGGGUAGACCAGAUGCACUAUGGGAAGAACGCAGGCGGGUGGAGGCAGUGUUAUGUUCUGGGCAAGUUCUACUGGGCUUGGCCAUCCUUACACGGGGGCCACUCUGGCACCCUCACACGGGGCGGUACCGGCACUCUGCGAUCUUUACAUGGGGCGACACCGACAUUUGGAAAGAAAUAACGGGAUAACAAGAUUUACCUGCUUGAUACAUGACCAGAGAGGGGGGAUAUAUUAUUCCCUGGUGGUCCAGUGGAUGGACUGUGCAGGAGGGGGACUGGGAGCAAGCUGUUACUUACCUUUACAGCAGCUCUGUUCAGCUCCCUUCUCCUCCGUGCUGUUCAGUUUCAUGUAUAAAUCUUGUGGUCUGCGUGCUGCGCGAAGCAUUGCCACGGUAACCCGUGGCCACGCUCUGACGGCUGCGGCUCUCGCGAGACUUACACUGGAGCUGAACGGCAUGGAGGAGAAGGGAGAUGAACGGAGCUGCUGUAACGUUAAGUAACAGCUUGCUCCCAGCCCCCAACAGGACCGCCGGGCUUGUAAUUAGUCCUGCGGUCCUGGUCUGUAUUAUGGCAAUGUAAGUUGCCAUAAUACAGACAGUGACUCGAGUAUAAGACGAGUGGGGCUUUUUCAGCACAAAAAAUGUGCCGAAAAACUCGUCUUAUACUCGAGUAUAUACGGUAAUCUAAAUCUAGGUUGACUAUUACUAUACUUAACUCCCUAAGUACAUGUGGGUGAAUACCAUUUGGCCACGGGGCUUUGUUUACAUUAACUUAAUUGUUGUAGCAUUUUAUCUUGUCAUCUAAUCAUGUUGCAGUAAGUAUACACCAUUGCUGAUUUUAGUCAAUCAACACUUUUUAAAAAAUGUUUGUAGUUAAAAAUGCCUUUUGGUGUUAGUCUUGCUCUGUUUUAUUUUCUAAUUUAUCCCAUUUACAUGCCUUUUUACAAGCAUUUGUGAGCAGCCUGAUAUUUAAUGUGAGGCUUUUUAAAGGGACACUAUAGUCACCUUAACAACUUUAGCUUAAUGAGGUUGUUCAGGUGAGAACUAUAGCUCCCUGCAGCCUUUCUCAUGUAAACACUGUAUUUUCUGAGAAAAUACAGUGUUUACAUUGAAAGCUAGGAACACCUCCAGUUGCAGUCGCUCAGAGUGAACCAGAGGGACUUCGGAGUUGAUGGAGGCAUAAUAUGCCUCCGUCAACUCAGAUCUGCUGUCAGCAGAGCACAGGGCAGCACUGUGCACAGCAUCCUGUAAUUAAGUAUCUCCUCCCUCUGCACGCAGACACUGAACUUUACUCAUAGAGAUUCAUUGAUUCAAUUAAUCUCUAUGAGGAGAUGCUGAUUGGCCAGGGCUGUGUUUGAAUCAUGCUGGCUCUGCCCCUGAUCUGCCUCUGUCAGUCUCAGCCAAUCCUAUGGGGAAGCACUGUGAUUGGAUCAGGCUACCACAUGUCAGCAGACUGCUUGUUUUUCCUGAGUCUAACAGCAUGCAGAUUUACAGCUUCUGGCUUGAAUACAGUAAGAUUUUGCUAUAUUUAUGGAGGCAUGAGGGGCCCAGGGGAGCUAGAUGGUGGUGUUAACACUAUAGGGUCAGGAAUACAUGUCUGUGUUCCUGACCCUAUAGUGAUCCUUUAAAUCAUCUAAUUUAAAUACUUUUUAUUUUAUUUUAUUUUUUUUUUAUUCAUUGACUAAUGGUAUAUACCUUGAUCUUUCCUAAUGAGUUUAGUCAACGAGUUGCCAGUCAAUGAGUUGUAAGGCUGUCUAGUCCUAUUCAAAUUGACCUUUUUAAAAUGAUGUUUUAAAGGAAUAUGUUAGUGCGUUAGUAUAAUACAUAUGUUUAAGGGUGAUUGGGAUAAGUCUUUUUAUGUAUAUUUUAUCUUCUAUAAAAGGACAUAGUGUCCCUUUAAGUGAAACCAAUGCAUUGUGUUUUAUGGUCACUGUAUUAUGGCCACUUCCCAUGUGGUUAUUUUGUGCUCCCUUUAUUGAGUGUUAGACAAAAGUUCAUUAUUAUUCAUUCUUACAAGAGCCAGACAAACAUUCUAGUUGGUGCAUCUACUAACUGAGACACAGAGGUGUCAUUGAAAGGUCCAGUAACCUCUUUACCCUAGCUGAGCAGCUAACCGCACUAUCCUAAUCAGCGUCUGGGUAAUUAUAAUCUCCAUUGAUUUUCGUCUUACUCAGAAGUGCAGCUUUUCCAAUAUGUCCAAUAACAGCUGGUGGUUCUAAAUCUUGGUAGAGUUUCUUAUUGAUUGGGAAUGAAUAAUAAAAGUACAGCCAUGAUAAUCAAUAUUAAAGAAGGAAAGCCCAACAUAUAUAAUGGAGGGAAUAAAGUGUAAUGGGAAUAGAUUCUGGAUCACUACAAGUGUGUUUGCGUUUAUUCUCUCUCUACUGGUACAUACAGGGCAGACCGUAAUACAGCGAGAAUGUAAUUAUUCUUCACGGUGAGCGGCUGGGAUUUUAUUGACCUCAUGUGGGACGUGGAAACUACUCUUAGGAAAAGUUUGCUACCGGUGAUUAGUUUAAGGAAUUCUGAGACCCGUUCAGCGUCCUUCACACUGAAUCCAUUACUUCCUUCUCUGCAUUAUUUAAACUAUUUGAAAGCAUAGAUUUCAUAGCGGUUUGAUUAGCUGACAACGUGGUGACUGUACCCUGUGUUAAUAUUCUACGCAGAAUUAACUUUUUUCCAUUUUGAAUGAUUUUUUUUUUUUUUGGAAAGUAAUCUUUUUCUGACAAAACUCUUCUCUUCUUUCUUUUUUUUGUGUCUUGAAUCUCACCAGGGAAAAGGAAGAAGAGAAGACAACGAUCAGGUUCCCAACUCUCUGGAAGAGUUUGUCCAUUUAUCUGCAGAGUUUUGCUCGGAGCCGUAAUUCCCACCCACCUCCAUGCUCUGCGAGACACUACAUGUGACCGGGGAUUCUUUGUCACAUUUUCCAGAUAGACAGCAAUAGGGCCAAGAUGGUGUCUUCUUUUCUAGAAUAUGGAAAGGCGUGGCGUGGCCACGAAACUGCAGCAAACCACGAAAUGACAGCUGAUUGCUCGCCUAUGUUGGCAGCUGGAGUGACUUGAACCUGUGAUAUGUACCCAGUGGUCUUACCACCCUAUUCAUCUGAAUCCAGUUCUUAAAUAUCACACCAUAAAAUAUUUCUUUCAAGUCUUAGUCAUUGAGUAGGAUAAUUCUGUUAAUUAUUUUAUCUUUUUUAAUUGUUGCAUCUUAAUGUAUUCAAAGAUCAUUUUAAAUGUCUCAUGAAGGAUAUCAUUAAAUCUGCUCACUCAGGAACCCAAACAGCUGGAAUUCGAUCACCUUUAAUGCUAGUGGUUUUAGUAAUCACUCUACAGUAGUAACUGGGGGGUGUGAGACUGUUUGUUGUCCCAGGAUAGAGGAUUUUACUUGUGAUCUCUUACAAUUCUGUCUUCCUUUCUAGUUUAUCUGGAAGCUUGUAUGCAAACUAAUGUGAAAAAUCAACAGGAAAACCCUGUUUUAGGCUGUUGGUCUCAUGAGAAGUUUAUUUGUUUAUGUUAUAAGAAUUUCUGACAGUUCGUCGUCUGAGUUCUGUUUCAGCCGUGCUUUCUUAGCAGAGCGCUCUCAAAGGCGCAUUGUCAAUUGUCUUAAUAGCAUUGUCUGUGCGACAGUUAAGGAGCGCCCUGUGUCUGUGCGACACUUAAGGAGCGCCCUGUGUCUGUGCGACACUUAAGGAGCGCCCUGUGUCUGUGCGACACUUAAGGAGCACCCUGUGUCUGUAAGACAGUUAAGGAGCUCUGUGCCUGCGCUGCAGUUAAGGAGCACCCUGUGUCUGUGCGACACUUAAGGAGCACCCUGUGUCUGUGCGACACUUAAGGAGCGCCCUGUGUCUGUAAGACAGUUAAGGAGCACCCUGUGUCUGUAAGACAGUUAAGGAGCACCCUGUGUCUGUAAGACAGUUAAGGAGCACCCUGUGUCUGUGCGACAGUUAAGGAGCUCUGUGCCUGCGCUGCAGUUAAGGAGCUCUGUGCCUGCGCUGCAGUUAAGGAGCACCCUGUGUCUGUGCGACAGUUAAGGAGCUCUGUGCCUGCGCUGCAGUUAAGGAGCGCCCUGUGUCUACGCUGCAGUUAAGGAGCUCUGUGCCUGUGCUGCAGUAAAGGAGCGACCUGUGUCUGUGUGGCAGUGAAGGAGCGCCCUGUGUCACUGGUGAAAUUAGUGACUGUUGGGCUUUAAUGUGCCUUUUCUCGGGGUACUGAAAUGCCUGGUAACAGUAUCUUUUGCAUUACUGUUUAUCUUGUGUAUAUAUUAUAACGUAUCAAGCCUUGGGUGUGUUUUUGGAUAGAUUGAGGGCUCCUAUACAUAACGUUUCUGCCCCACGUUACACCUGCCACCGUACUUUCUAUAUUUAUAGUAUUAGUUAACUUACGUUCUCCCUGGUCUUGGAUUUAGGUGUAAUUAUCAGGUUAGUCCAUCUUCCUCAUAUCCUAUUGCUUACGCUUAAGAUGCGUUUUUAUAAACCUUUUUUUUUUUUUUUUGAUGAUGAUUAGAUUUGCUCCACAAACUCACCCUCCUUCCCCUCCUUACCAAGCCAACCUGCGACCUGAGUUUCCCCUUUUCUGAUCCAGCAAUAAUCGUCAGGCUUCUGUCUAGUUGUAGUUCAGCCGUCUGCUUUCUACAGUAGAAUGUUCAACUUCCAGAAACCCUUACUGUGAUCCUAAAGCGAUAGACAGUGAGAAUCGCGAUUGGAUGGUGAGAGCUCACAGCCUAAUCGUCUAAUGUGGUUCUUUGUGUUAUAUGUAUAAAUAUAUAUUAUAGAUUUUAUUUUUGGAUAUAUCUUUAAUGCAUUUUUAAAUAGAAUGGGUCCGCUCCUUUAUGGACUGUCUCUUGGGAAGAUUCUCCGAUUAUGCAAACUCUCUCUUGGAAAGAAAGCAUUAAACAUAUAUAGGUUUGUGCUUUUAACAUUCAUUAGGUUCUUUUUCCCCAAAUAUUUUCCUAAAGAAAAUUCUGUUUAUCUUUAUGGACCGGUGCAUUUAGGUCCAUAUUCAUAAAAGUUAAACUGGAGCAUUGAUGAAACGGGCAGUGUGCCACUUUGCCCUAAAUUGCGCCAGUUUUUACUUUUGCCACUAGUCCUUAGUGGUUCUGCAUGUUGGGAGCCAUUUUGUCUCUUUACAUCCUGCCCCUCCACUACUGCCUUGCAGAUUAUGCGAACGAUUGCAAUGGGCUCGAGAUCUAUGCCGUGAGUGUGUAUGCUGGCUUUUACAUUUUUGUGAAAUUCAUGUUGUCAUGUAACUGUUAUACGGAAUUCGGAUGGAAUGGUUGCCUCAAUGUGUAGGAAUCUUUGUCGAUAUCUUCCUCGUUGACGCCAACGCCAGUAGUUACGGUAAUUAUUGUCUCAGCAUAAUUUAUGGUGAGGACUUGACAUGGAGCUGUGUGUGAGCUUUAGGUUUUUUAUUUUAUAUUAAGAAACUGUUCUUUCUGUCUGUAAGCCAUAACCUGAUUUGCACUAUUAAUUUCCCUACAUCUGUGGCCAUUUCUUUUCCUCGUUAAGGGUAAGAUGAUGUUAAAUAGCCGAUGGUUCCUGAGUUUUUGCUAUUAUAGUUCUGCAGUUAUAACCCGUUCUUUGUUACUACUUUCUUCUUUGUAGAUUUCUGAAAGUUUUGCUCUCUCAGAUCAAAAUAAUGAAAAAAACAAACCAUAGAGAAGCACUGACUAUAUCUCAGUAAGGCACUGAAAUCUGCUUCCUCUCUAUGGUACUUCCUGUCCGUUACAGCUGGGGCAGCAUGUCUUAGAAUAGGAGUAGGCAACAUUCUGUAAAGCCUCAGAGCAGAUGUAGUUCACAAUAUCUGGUGUGCUGAAGGUUGCCUACAUCUCUUCUAGAUGGAAAUCCAGCCAUCUCACUGGCUCCUCCCAGCAAAGCGCCCUCUGGUUGUGGAAGGAAGAAUUGCACUUUUCUGGCAGAUUGCAACCUAGUUCCCAUGUCUUAGUUUCAGCUGUUUUAUGUGAUUUUUUUUUUUUUUUAAUAUAUACAUUUUUUAUUUACUGACUGUGUAAUAAUAGUUCUCAUUCUCUAAAUACAUGUUUCGAUUCCUCCCCUGGUCUUCGCACUUAAACCUGUAUCUAACCCUUGACUGGGUGACCUUAAUCUGUAUUUUUCUACCUCUGUUCAUAAAAUGCUGCAACUAUACAAUAAAUUGAUGAAAAUGAUCUUCGUUUUGUGAAAUAUUUUAUUUUGCUAGGUAUUUCUUAAAUAGUAAGUAUCUCUAUAGACAUGUACAGUAUCUCACAUCUUUGUAAAUAUUUUAUUAUACCUUUUCAUGUGACACUCGGCUACACUGUAAAGUAGUAAGUGCACAGCCUGUAUAACAGGGUAAAUUUGCUGUCCCCUCAAAAUAACCCCAGACACAGCCAUUAAUGUCUAAACCGUUGGCAACAAAAGUCCAUGUUGUGGAACUUUCAUGGAGUUAAUGUGAGUCUUUUUUGCCAGACUGUUUUUGUUUUUUGUAUUGAAGAUGUUUUUAAGUAAGUUAGUAUAAAUGGAAACCACAUGCUACAUUGUUUCCCCUAAACUGUUGGAGUGAAUAUUGCAGUCUAGGAAGCGUAGAAGUGACAUGUGACAUAUCCACAUAUACAAUCCCACAUAUACACACCCCACCAAACACACUGUGACAUAUACACAGACAAAAUUCCACAAGCAGCCCCAUGUGAUAAAAUAAACAUACAGUGGUCUCCAUUAUGAUGAUAUUUAUAGAGCGCGGUCAAAUUCCGCAGCGCUUUACAAUGGGUGGACGAACAGACAUGUAGUUGUAACCAGACAAGUUGGACACACAGGAACAGAGGGAUUGAGGGCUCUGCUCAGUGAGUUUACAUGUUAGAGGGAGUGGGGUAUAGUGACACCGUAACAGAGGGGUUGAGGGCCCUGCUCAAUGAGCUUACAUGCUAGAGGGAGUGGGGUAAAAUGACACAAAAGGUAAGGAUAGUAUUAGACUAAUGACAGUUGCAGAAGAGGAAUCAGUCAGGAGCUAUUAACAGUUUAAUUGAUACGCUUUUAUAAAGAAGUGGGUUUUCAACGAUUUUUUGAAGGAGUGGAGACUGGGUGAGCAUCUAACUGAGGAGGGAAGCGAGUUCCACAGGAACGGUGCAGCCCUCGAGAAAUCUUGAAGGCGAGCAUCAGAGGUGGGAGUACGGACAGAAGAUAGACGUAAGACUUCAGCAGAUCGUAAGGGCCUAGACGGGACAUACUCGUGUAUAAGGGAGGAUAGAUAGGUGGGAGCAGCAUUAUGUAGAAAUUUGAAAGCAAGAACCAGAAUUUUAAAUUGAGCUCUAUAUUUUAUAGGAAGCCAAUGUAGGGACUGACAGAAGGGUGAGGCAUGGGAGGUGCGUGCGGACAGAAAGAUGAGCCUUGCCGCCGCAUUCAUUAUGGACUGUAACAGCGCUAGUUGGGAGCACUGAGAAGCGGAUUACAGUAGUCAAGGCGAGAAAGGACAGUGGAAUGGACCAACACCAUGUUUCAAUAGGGGUUAGUCCUCUGGUUAGGGGCAGAUGCACUUAAUGACACCAUCCAGGACAGAAGGAAUGAGAAUAGUGGAAAGGAGUGUUAUCUUCCUGUAGGUGUUAACUGAAACACAAAGAACAUUAAUAGUUGGCAAUAGUGGAAGUUUAAUGUAACGGCAGAAGGAACCCCAAAACCGAGCAUUGGGAACUGUAGCGGAGAGCUGGUAUUACACAGCCUUUCUCCACUUUAGAUCCCAGUGAGGCUCAGGAACAAGUAAUUAUAAAUCCAUAGGCAAAGUAUCCAGCAGGCAAAACAAUACAGCAGUAUCCCAACAACACUCCCAAUAACCGGACGACACACAGUAUCAGGAGCAGAACUAAAGGUUUAUUCAUACAGUGGCCUUAUAAAGCAUGCUCCCCUGCAAGGGAGGGAUUUCCAUUCAUUAGUACAGUAGCCAAUCCUGUUCUGGUAACCUCCCACACAUCUCCUCCCCUCAGCCUGCAUCAUAAUCCCCUUAUCCAGGACACCAAUUCCCCCCAUUUCUGGAUGUACCCCUAAACCUAGGGGUACCGCUUUAAAUUAUACAUCCCCUGGUAGCCCUGAUCUGGGUGAACAACAUAUCCAAAAAUCACCCAGAUCAGACAAGGGGUUUGGGAAAUUUAUGGAGGGAAUAAAAUGACCAACCGCGCUGGAAAGAAUAGCCGAAUUGGGUUCCAUGCGAUGGGGCACUGAGGUUGGUCCUGGAACAAGGGAAUAAAUUACACGAAAGCCUCCAGUUACUGAGACUAGUGAGGGUUCGCCUGAAUCCCCUCGUUCGGUUGUUUCUGUCUACCGAACGAGGGGCCGUUCGGUAGUUUGUAACCGAAUGGACCGGGCUUGUGGAGGUCUCAGCGGUGUUCGCCUAGUCGAGUGUCCGAUUUGAGUUCCAGACACUCGACGGUAAAACACCGCUGUUCGGGAGUUUGUAAAAUGGUUGCCGCCACGUGUUCGUUUCCCGAAUGGCGGCCACCCCCGAGAACAUAGGACUACUGCUCAGCUUGUUAAUUACCCGUUCGCAAAAAUGUUGCAACGGGUAAUUGAAGGCACACUUCACACCGGGGAGGUCUGACUGUUCAGUAGUUUCAUUCCUUUAUUUGUUAGAAUGAUUCUACCGAACAAUCAGACGAAUACAAUACAUUUAUACACAUAUAACCUGCCAUUUAGACGAAUGCAGUUAAAACCUAUGCAAUUCUCAGGACAGCCCAGUGCCAUCUGCUACAGGAACUCCAGUGGAAAUGGGUAAUAGAGAGGGGAAGCUCCUCGAAAAGGAGACACUGCAAGAGCAAUGAGAAACAUAAGAUGAGGACUUUGAAUAUGUAAGGCACAUGAAAAACAAGUCCUGCUCAGAUGAGCUUACAGUCUUCUAGUUGGUUGUAUGGCAAGCAGAUAAUUAGAGUAUAGUUGCAUGAGUAUAUGGGAAAAGAGAUGGCUGUACACACAGGAAAGAAAAGAUGUCUCAGAAAACAAUAUUAAUAGGCGAUGUUGCGGAGCUGCAAUUUUAUAAUCCCAGGAUCUCUGCUGGUAGAAUGCAAUAACCAAGUACAAAGCUGGAAGCAGGCAAUAUUCCCAAAUCCUCCCAAGAACCAGACGAAACACAGUCUGAGAGUCAACUGCCACUUUAUUCAAAAAGGCUGAUAUUUAAAGCAGGUCACUCAACUGUCACUUUAUUAAAAAUAACUGAUAUUUAAAGCAGGUCACUCAACAGGGGUUUCCAAAGAUGGGCAGCAGGGGUUUUGGUUGAGGGGACUGGAGGGAGACUACCGUUUCCAGGUCCUCCUCCCAACAGCCCCUGCUGUAACAUACAGUAAUGAAAACUACGAGGACAUAAACCGUUACCUUUCUACUUCAAAAUAUACAACUUAGUCAGUUUUAAUAGCAAUGCUAACGAAUGGGGAGGAUUCGAACAGACAUACACAGUACAGCAUAAAUUAAACCUAGCCGGAGACGCCACACUAUACCGGCGCGCAGUACACAACAGAAAAUAGGCACAACCAUUCUAUCUUAGGCAGUCCCAAGUGGCUAGGUUUGCCACAGGCGAUUCUAAUGGUUGUGUGUUAAAAGGUAGGCAGACAAUGUAAUCGAGCAGCAGGAAAUGCUAGCAGAAUGCUUGGUUGUAUAGGGAGAGGUAUUAGCAGUAGAAAGAGGGAAGUGCUCAUGCCAUUGUACAGAACACUGGUGAGACCUCACUUGGAGUAUUGUACACAGUACUGGAGACCGUAUCUUCAGAAGGAUAUUGAUACCUUAGAGAGGGUUCAGAGAAGGGCUACUAAACUGGUUCAUGGAUUGUAGGAUAAAACUUACCAGGAAAGGUUAAAGGAUCUUAACAUGUAUAGCUUGGAGGAAAGACGAGACAGGGGAUAUGAUAGAAACAUUUAAAUACAUAAAGGGAAUCAACACAGUAAAGGAGGAGACUAUAUUUAAAAGAAGAAAAACUACCACAACAAGAGGACAUAGUCUUAAAUUAGAGGGACAAAGGUUUAAAAAUAAUAUCAGGAAGUAUUACUUUACUGAGAGGGUAGUGGAUGCAUGGAAUAGCCUUCCAGCUGAAGUGGUAGAGGUUAACACAGUGAAGGAGUUUAAGCAUGCGUGGGAUAGGCAUAAGGCUAUCCUAACUAUAAGAUAAGACUAGGGACUAAUGAAAGUAUUUAGAAAAUUGGGCAGACUAGAUGGGCCGAAUGGUUCUUAUCUGCCGUCACAUUCUAUGUUUCUAAAAUGAGAGAAAGAAGGCAAGAAAGAGAUAUUAUAGAGAACUAGCACAAAGGGGGCUUGAAAGUGGGAAGGUGGAUUGAGAGAAAAAAAAACUACCACAAGACUCUUGUGAGGGCUAAAGAGAAUAGAGGAAUAUUUGUUAGACUGAUAUGACAAAGGAAGGGCAGAGAGGGACAGAGUGGCCUAGGGAAAGACUGAGAGGGACUGAGCGGCCGAGGGAAAGGCGGAAAGGGAGAGAGCGGCCGAGGGAAAGGCGGAGAGGGAGAGAGCGGCCGAGGGGAAAGGUGGAGAGGGCGGCCGAGGGAAGGGCGGAGAGGGAUAGAGCGGAGAGAGACAAGGGAAGGUUAGAGGAAAACGGAAAAACAAGCAAGACAGGACAAAAGUAGAAGGUAAUCAAGGAAUAAUGUAAGAGAUUAUAUAAAAAAGAAACUCCAAAGACCUGAGAUCGCUUUGGCUUUGUAUUGUUAACCUUUUAGUAAAAUUAGUGAUCAUUUAGGAAUAAGUUCUUGUGGUGGACCGCCUAGCACCCCAUCCAGGUGCCUCUGCCAAUGCUCCUUCUGCUCCCAGAGUACUCAAAGCACUCCACCAGACACCACCAGCACUGAAGCCCCCACUUCCAGCGUUAGUUUGGGGUCUCGCUGUCCUCCACCCACCCUGGACCCAAGACCAGCUUCCAGUGGGUAGACCUCUCCUCCAAGAGAGUGUAGACUAGGCUCUAUGUUGAAGGUGAAGAGGAACUGUUUAAUGGCAGCCACAACUGGCCUUUUAUGACAGUCCCCAUGCAAGGGGCACUCCCCCCUGGACCUGAGAGUAAACCACAGUAGAAAUAAAUACACAAUCACAUUGGCUCUCAGAUUCAGGACACUCCCAUACAUAAUGGGUAAAUCCCUCUGUGCCUGGGUGAUAAUUGAAUCAAGCACUGUAUUAACUCAAUUAUCUCAACACAAAAACACACAUUUAUAUAACAUAUUAAAAAUACCCCCAAAGCACAUGGAAACCCCAAUGUAGUCAUAUCUCCUGAUUGCCCCGAUCUGGGGGACCAACAUAUCUAAAAAUCACCCAGAUCGGUUCAGGGGUUUAGGAUUUCCAUGGAAGUCUUAGUUUGACCGACCGAACACAUGGUCCCAUGUCCAAAACCGUUUCAGAGAAUCAGGGCUUGCGGUCAGUCUAGUUCUGUAGUUCCCAAACGAACACAAUAUGAACGUAGUCAAUAUUCACACCAUGGAGCUUGUUCAUCUCAUUCAGGCAAACAAUUCCACCGAACAGCGCUCUUCGAGGAUGUAAAGUACCGAACGUAGGUUACGAUGGAAGUUCUGUGGUGGUUGGGAGUUUGUGUUCGAAAACAGUUCCAUUAACUCGAGGACCAAACACUGCUGCCUGCUGUCGCAGGAACAAGAUGGCCACCACCUCGUGGUCGACCAUGCGAACUGCACCCACACGAACAAUUAGAACGCUGCGGUUAGAAUUAUUAAGAGGUGAUGAUAGGGCUUAACAAGCUCCCAGGUGGUCCCUGGUUCAUGUGUCUGUUCGGUUCCCGAACAGGAUAGCAAAAAGGCACGAACAAAGUCUUUUAUAAGCCUUUUUGCAUGGCACAUAGUCCUGAGGCAGGAGGCUUGCAAACAGGCCCCUCAAAGAACCAGUGGCGAGGUUACUUUCGCCACAGCUCUAUUUAUGAAACCAAUAUUGGCAGUAAUGUUGUAAUAUGUACAGACAAGUCACAAACCAAUAUACGCUUCGAUCUGCAUCACUCGUUAAGCUGCUUCGUAGUGAGAUUACAAUCCAGACAAAAUAUUCCAUUCAUGUUGUAUUAUUCCCAGUGAAACACUUUCUCAAUGUUUAUACCUAGUGUGAACUAGAGUAAAACGUUGGCAUAUUCUCUAUUAUUUCUUUUAUUUUCUCUGCACAUAUAAUUGAUAGAGCAUGAUAAACAGGUUGGGAGGUUAUUGUACCUCUGAAGGUAAUUCCGUGUUGUAGAUAAAAAUCUUCAUCCCAGCAGCAAAGCUGACUACAAAGAGCACCAUCCGUUCUUUCCAUUUAGCUGAAAGCACAUUAAGCCAGAAGUUAACCUAAUUAUCUCAUAGCCGAUACAGUGUACCUUGUCCUUUCUAUAAAACAUUAAUAGCCAACAUUGAAUCCACUGGCCCCUGUAUGCUCUAUGACACCGUGCCUAGUAGCACUGACCACUGUAUGCUCUAUGACACCGUGCCUAGUAGCACUGACCCCUGUAUGCUCUGACACCGUGCCUAGUAGCACUGACCCCUGUAUGCUCUAUCACACUGUUCCUAGUAGCACUGACCCCUAUAUGCUCUAUGACACCGUGCCUAGUAGCACUGACCCCUGUAUGCUCUGACACCGUGCCUAGUAGCACUGACCCCUGUAUGCUCUAUCACACUGUUCCUAGUAGCACUGACCCCUGCUCUAUCACACUGUUCCUAGUAGCACUGACCCCUGUAUGCUCUAUGACACCGUGCCUAGUAGCACUGACCCCUGUAUGCUCUAUGACACCGUGCCUAGUAGCACUGACCCCUGUAUGCUCUGACACCGUGCUAGUAGCACUGACCCCUGUAUGCUCUAUGACACCGUGCCUAGUAGCACUGACCCCUGUAUGCUCUAUGACACUGUGUCUAGUAGCACUGACCCCUGUAUGCUCUAUGACACCGUGCCUAGUAGCACUGUCCCCUGUAUGCUCUAUGACACCGUGCCUAGUAGCACUGACCCCUGUAUGCUCUGACACUGUGUCUAGUAGCACUGACCCCUGUAUGCUCUGACACUGUGUCUAGUAGUACUGACUCCUGUAUGCUCUAUGACACCGUGCCUAGUAGCACUGACCCCUGUAUGCUCUAUGACACUGUGCCUAGUAGCACUGACCCGUGUAUGCUCUAUGACACUGUGUCUAGUAGCACUGACCCCUGUAUGCUCUGACACUGUGUCUAGUAGCACUGACCCCUGUAUGUCGUGCCUGCACUGACCCCUGUAUGCUCUAUGACACCGUGCCUAGUAGCACUGACCCCUGUAUGCUCUAUGACACCGUGCCUAGUAGCACUGACCCCUGUAUGCUCUAUGACACCGUGCCUAGUAGCACUGACCCCUGUAUGCUCUAUGACACUGUGUCUAGUAGCACUGACCCCUGUAUGCUCUGACACUGUGUCUAGUAGCACUGACCCCUGUAUGCUCUGACGCCGUGCCUAGGAGCACUGACCCCUGUAUGCUCUAUGACACCGUGCCUAGUAGCACUGACCCCUGUAUGCUCUAUGACACCGUGCCUAGUAGCACUGACCCCUGUAUGCUCUAUGACACACUGCCUAGUAGCACUGACCCCUGUAUGCUCUGACACUGUAUCUAGUAGCACUGACUCCUGUAUGCUCUGACACCGUGCCUAGGAGCAUUGACCCCUGUAUGCUCUAUGACACUGUGCCUAGUAUGCUCUAUGACACCGUGCCUAGUAGCACUGACCCCUGUAUGCUCUAUGACACUGUGUCUAGUAGCACUGACCCCUGUAUGCUCCGACACCGUGCCUAGUAGCACUGACCCCUGUAUGCUCUGACACCGUGCCUAGUAGCACUGACCCCUGUAUGCUCUGACACCGUGCCUAAGAGCACUGACCCCUGUAUGCUCUAUGAAACCGUGUCUAGUAGCACUGACCCCUGUAUGCUCUAUGGCACCGUGUCUAGUAGCACGGGCACCGUGCCUAGUAGCACUGACCCCUGUAUGCUCUGACACCGUGCCUAGUAGCACUGACCCCUGUAUGCUCUAUGACACCGUGUCUAGUAGCACUGACCCCUGUAUGCUCUAUGACACCGUGCCUAGUAGCACUGACCCCAGUAUGCUCUGACAUUGUGUUUAGUAGCACUGACCCAUGUAUGCUCUAUGACACCGUGCCUUGUAGCACUGACCCCUGUAUGCUCUAUGACACUGUCUAGUAGCACUGACCCCUGUAUGCUCCGACACCGUGCCUGGUAGCACUGACCCCUGUAUGCUCUGACACCGUGCCUAGUAGCACUGACCCCUGUAUGCUCUGACACCGUGCCUAGUAGCACUGACCCCUGUAUGCUCUGACACCGUGCCUAGGAGCACUGACCCCUGUAUGCUCUAUGACACCGUGUCUAGUAGCACUGACCCCUGUAUGCUCUGACACCGUGCCUAGGAGCACUGACCCCUGUAUGCUCUAUGACACCGUGUCUAGUAGCACUGACCCCUGUAUGCUCUGACACUGUAUCUAGUAGCACUGACUCCUGUAUGCUCUGACACCGUGCCUAGGAGCAUUGACCCCUGUAUGCUCUAUGACACUGUGCCUAGUAUGCUCUAUGACACCGUGCCUAGUAGCACUGACCCCUGUAUGCUCUAUGACACUGUGUCUAGUAGCACUGACCCCUGUAUGCUCCGACACCGUGCCUAGUAGCACUGACCCCUGUAUGCUCUGACACCGUGCCUAGUAGCACUGACCCCUGUAUGCUCUGACACCGUGCCUAAGAGCACUGACCCCUGUAUGCUCUAUGAAACCGUGUCUAGUAGCACUGACCCCUGUAUGCUCUAUGGCACCGUGUCUAGUAGCACGGGCACCGUGCCUAGUAGCACUGACCCCUGUAUGCUCUGACACCGUGCCUAGUAGCACUGACCCCUGUAUGCUCUAUGACACCGUGUCUAGUAGCACUGACCCCUGUAUGCUCUAUGACACCGUGCCUAGUAGCACUGACCCCAGUAUGCUCUGACAUUGUGUUUAGUAGCACUGACCCAUGUAUGCUCUAUGACACCGUGCCUUGUAGCACUGACCCCUGUAUGCUCUAUGACACUGUCUAGUAGCACUGACCCCUGUAUGCUCCGACACCGUGCCUGGUAGCACUGACCCCUGUAUGCUCUGACACCGUGCCUAGUAGCACUGACCCCUGUAUGCUCUGACACCGUGCCUAGUAGCACUGACCCCUGUAUGCUCUGACACCGUGCCUAGGAGCACUGACCCCUGUAUGCUCUAUGACACCGUGUCUAGUGGCACGUGUCUAGCAAAGCCGCGGGCACUGUACUAAGCCUUUGAAGCCCCUGUAUGCUCUGGCCGUGCCUAGGAGCACUGACCCCUGUAUGCUCUAUGACACGUGCCUGAAGUAGCACACUGACCCCUGUAUGCUCUGACGCCGUGCCUAGGAGCACUGACCCCUGUAUGCUCUAUGACACCGUGCCUAGUAGCACUGACCCCUGUAUGCUCUAUGACACCGUGCCUAGUAGCACUGACCCCUGUAUGCUCUAUGACACUGUGCCUAGUAGCACUGACCCCUGUAUGCUCUAUGACACCGUGCCUAGUAGCACUGACCCCUGUAUGCUCUAUGACACCGUGCCUAGUAGCACUGACCCCUGUAUGCUCUGACACUGUGUCUAGUAGCACUGACUCCUGUAUGCUCUGACACCGUGCCUAGGAGCACUGACCCCUGUAUGCUCUAUGACACACUGCCUAGUAGCACUGACCCCUGUAUGCUCUGACACUGUGUCUAGUAGCACUGACUCCUGUAUGCUCUGACACCGUGCCUAGGAGCACUGACCCCUGUAAGCUCUAUGACACUGUGUCUAGUAGCACUGACCCCUGUAUGCUGACACUGUGCCUAGUAGCACUGACCCCUGUAUGCUCUGACACCGUGCCUAAGAGCACUGACCCCUGUAUGCUCUAUGAAACCGUGUCUAGUAGCACUGAUCCCUGUAUGCUCUAUGGCACCGUGUCUAGUAGCACUGACCCCUGUAUGCUCUGAUGCCGUGCCUAGGAGCACUGACCCCUGUAUGCUCUAUGACACACUAGAUACAAGAAAGGGAGUUAAGGGCUGCGCUUAAACAAAACGAUAAAAGAAUGUGUAAAAAUGUAUAUAAAUAAAAUAAGCAAUAAUAAUAAAAACAAGUAAAGUUCAUCCAAAUAAAUAGGAGUAUAAAUUGAAACAGUCUCACUGAUGUGCAGUAAUAUUAUAGUAAUCCUCAAGUGUUGCUCCGUCCGUAUGGUAGGUAGUCCAUAUAUGUGAAGACAAAAGAUAAAAGAAAAAGCUGCCAAUGGUGAAAUAUUGUAUGUCCACAUGUGGUAUAUAUUCAAAGGAAAGGUAUUUCACUCACAUUUGUUGGAGCUCUAACCAGCUCUAGGAAAAGAGGCACUUAGUGGUUUAAUCCCCACUAUCGGAUGUACUUUGGUGGUUGGUCCGUCUUGAAAUUCCUUUGAUGUAGGCUAGGACCUACUCAGAUGUGCGUUGUUCUUUUAUGCUGGGGAGAUAGGUCCGCCUCUCCGGUAUUGGAUAGUAGGUAUCCACGGGAUAUAUAUAAAACAGCAAAUAGUGCUCUCAGUAUGAACAACACAGUAAUAUCUUAAAAAUAAGUUAUACUUACAAAAAUAGAGCAGACAGAUACUGCUCUAUUGCCACAGCGCUGGUGGAAUUAUCCCCACCUAAGGAUUUCUUUGGACGGGAUACACUUCAAGUUAAAAAUAAAAUAAUAGUAAAAAGUGGAAGGAUAAAAAAAUAAAAUAAAUCUAUAAAAUAGUUUUGUAGUAUAAAAGUAAUGAUGUAAUAUAAAAAUGCCAGGAGUAAAAAAAGUGUAUAAAAUACAAUAAAAAUAAGUAUAGAGUUGGUCCUAUUAUAAAGGGUAACCAAAAAUAACUUUUAUUGAUUAAAAUACACUUAUUAAAACCAUUUACGCGUUUCACCUUUAGGGUUUUCUCAAAAUGGUAAAAGAACAGUACACCUGGCAAGGAACUGAAUAUAUAAGUAUACAGAGGUUAAAAAUGGCGCCAAAAUUUUAGUGCACCAAUCACAAACAUGUUUAAAAACAAAACUUUAAAUACAUUUCAAAUUAACAUUAAAACCAUAUAGGUACAUUGGUAUGAGCCUAAUUAGGCUUGGGGAAUUUCAAUUUUGUUAAAACGAAGCUUUAGAACAAAUUUAAUAGCAAAUGGUCCCAAUCACGUGAUCGGGACGCGGCGCGCAUGCGCAGAUCGUCUGAACGGCGGAUCACUUCCUGAUAUAGGCGGAGUGCUCAGUGACCGGCUGGAAACACAAUGCUUCAUGGGAAAUGAAGUCCUGCCGGUCACUGGGCACUCCUACAGUAAAAUCUACUUUUACAAUGUAAAAAGCAUCAUAAAGGCUAAAACCAUAUUGUAAACUAUAAACUGCCUCACAAAUUUAUACAUGAAGGUAUUAAAAGCAAAAAUUACCAUAAAAUAAUGUUAAAAAUAUUACUAUUAAUAAAAACAUUAAUGUUAUAUUGGUGAACGUAUUAAAGGGCACUCAGCAAUGAAAUAAAAAAUUAAAAAUGACAAGCAGUGUAUGAAUUAUGAUUGCUUAAAAUUAAAUAAAAUUAAAGUAAAAAAAAAUAUAAAAAUAAAAAUAAAAAGUUGGUUCUAAAAAGGAGGUAUAAUUAAAAAGACCUAUCAUAAAAAAUUGUGCAGGUCAAAAUCUGCAUUAAGUCCAUUUGGUAUUAGGGUCUGUAACUUAUAGACCCAUUCCAUCUCCGUUUUACCUAAGAUGUUUUUUAUAUCUCCUCCUCUCCAGGGUAAGGAACAUUUAUUUAUUCCCAUAUAUUUUAACAUUUUAGGAUGUUUAUUAUGAAUUAAAAAAUGUUUUGAUAGAGAGUGAUUUAAAUAACCAUUUUUUAUAUUCCUACAAUGCUCACCUAGUCUAAUUUUUAGACAUCUAGUGGUCAUCCCAACAUAUUGGAAGCCACACGGGCAUUCCAGUAAGUAGAUGACAUUCUUGGUAUUACACGUAAUAAAUUCUUUUAUUUUGAAAGUAGUUUUGGUUUUAUUUGAAGUAAAUUCUAUUAUUUUUGGUGGCAUUGUAGGAUCAGCUGUUUUACACACAAUACAGUUCUUACAUUUAUGAAAGCCUAAAGAUUGGGGAAAAAAAGACACAAGAUUACUUGGUUUAGAUUCUUUAGUGAAAUUGGUAGUUAGGAUAGAUUUAACGUUAGGAGCCCCUCUAAAAAUUAUACUUGGCUUUUCUGGAAUAAUUUUAGAAAGUUUUUCAUCGUGUUCUAAAAUAUGCCAGUGUUUUUGAAUGAUCUUUUUUAUUUCUUUACUUUUGUUGGUAUAGUUAAAAAUGAUGGGAAGAGAUAUGGAAUCAUUUUUGAUUUUGGAUUUAUACUUUAAAAGCUCAUCUCUGUUUUUAUUUUUUAUCUCAUUGAUAUUUUCAAGUAGGUCUUUUUCUGGGUAAUUUUUCUCCAUAAAUUUGUAUUUGAGGGCAUUAGCUUGCUCUUCAAAGUUUUCUAGUUCUGUGCAGUUUUUACGUAAUCUAAGGAACUGGCUUUUCGGGGCACUGUCAAGCCACGGUUUGUAGUGGCAGCUAUUCUUAUCGAUAACUGUAUUGACACAGACUCCUUUAAAAAAGGUUUUUGUGUUACUUUUCCCAUUUUUAAUAAAUAUAUUGAGAUCUAAGAAAUUUAUUUGUUCUCUACUAAAUUCAUGGGUUAAAAUUAUGCCCCUGUUAUUAGUAUUAAGAACAUUAAAAAAAAAAUAAGAUCAUCUUCCGAUCCAUUCCAAAUAAAAAAGAGAUCAUCAAUAUAUCUAAAAUAUGAGACCAGGUUUGCCCUUAGGUUAUCUCCGUUAUAAAUAGCUGUAGAUUAACAUAUUUUUUAGUCUGUAACUUGUUUAGAUCAUGUGUAACUAGUUUUUCAAAAACAGUUAAAGGGGCAGUUUUCAUAAAAGCUGGGUAAAAUUUUGAUUUUUCUUUAAAAUGCGUAUUAAUAAUAUGUUUUUUUGGGGAGGAGGAAAGUGAUAAAAUUGUACUAUUAUCAGUGGGAUUGUUAAAAGUAAAAUUCUCUUCUAUUUUCUCAUUAAAAUAGCGUUUUAAGGUUGCUUUGUGGACAACCUUGUUAAUGUCAAUAAAAGCUUCGAAGGGUUUAAAAGAAUUGGUUGGAGCAAAUUUAAGACCUUUGUUUAAAACCCAUAGCUGUGCUAUAGUGAGAGUUUUUUGCGAAAGAUUAAAAAUCCCACUAUUUGAGUUUUUGGGGGGACUUAUUGUCUUUUUAGUUUUUCUCUCUUGUUCCCGUCUGCCACUUCUUCUUCCUCUUGACUUAAGGUUCUUUUUUGUGUUCGUGACGGGUGAGGUGUUUGAUUCAAAGUGCUUGGGUGAGUGCGAAUUUCUAAAAAAUGAUCCUCGUUUUUGAAUUCGGAAUCAAUUGAUAGUAGUUGAUAUCUAUUGGAGUGGUAAGGGAUGCUAGGUGAUUUGGGACGCUCGAUUCGAUCAUUAAUAUAUCUAGAUCUUUAGUGUUUGGGUGAAAAAUUUCUCUUAUAUGAGUUGGUGGUGUAUUUUUUUGGUGGUGGAGAGUGUGUGUAUUUUUGUUUGUAAUAGGUUGACUGGUAUUUUGGUCUGACUGAAGGUCCAGGGUAGAAAUCAGUUGGUGGCUUAUGUGAUCGUUGGGGUUUAUAGGGUGACUGUGUGAAUUUCUUGUUGGUGUGAUUGUGAUAUUGGUUAUGAUUUUGGUGGUGGUCUUGUUGACGGGUGUUAGUAGUGGUUCUUCUUGCUUUUAAUACUUUCAUGUAUAAAUUUGUGUGGCAGUUUAUAGUUUACAAUAUGGUUUUAGCCUUUAUGAUGCUUUUUACAUUGUAAAAGUAGAUUUCCGUUAUGUAUUUUACUGUAGGAGUGCCCAGUGACCGUCAGGACUUCAUUUCCCAUGAAGCAUUGUGUUUCCAGCCGCCACUGAGCACUCCGCCUAUAUCAGGAAGUGAUCCGCCGAUCAGACGAUCUGCGCAUGCGCGCCGCAUCCCGAUCACGUGAUCGGGACCAUUUGCUAUUAAAUUUGUUCUAAAGCUUUGUUUUAACAAAAUUGAAAUUCCCCAAGCCUAAUUAGGCUCAUACCAAUGUGCCUAUAUGGUUUUAAUGUUAAUUUGAAAUGUAUUUAAAGUUUUGUUUUUAAACAUGUUUGUGAUUGGUGCACUAAAAUUUUGGGGCCAUUUUUAACCUCUGUAUACUUAUAUAUUCAGUUCCUUGCCAGGUGUACUGUUCUUUUACCAUUUUGAGAAAACCCUAAAGGUGAAACGCGUAAAUGGUUUUAAUAAGUGUAUUUUAAUCAAUAAAAGUUAUUUUUGGUUACCCUUUAUAAUAGGACCAACUCUAUACUUAUUUUUAUUGUAUUUUAUACACUUUUUUUUACUCCUGGCAUUUUUAUAUUACAUCAUUACUUUUAUACUACAAAACUAUUUUAUAGAUUUAUUUUAUUUUAUUUUUUUAUCCUUCCACUUUUUUUUUUUUUAUUCUUUAUUUAUUGCGUGCAAAGAGGUAACAUUGCUUGAUGCGCCACAACAGCUGCAGCAAACUGAGAGAUAACAAGAUUUACAUGGUUAUGGCAUUCGCAUGCGUUACACAAUUUUUUAAUUAUAUAUCAUGCAGACUAAAUCAGUAUAACAAGCUUAGUGCUAUUGAGUAAAACUUUUAUAUCUAUUCUAUGCAUGCUUAGUUGAGCAGUGGUUGUAUAACUUAAUUAGUUACAGGCUUAUACAAAAAAUAAUAUCAGAUACAGGUUUCUCUAGCUUAUUGAAGUUAUCCACCAGGGGGCAGUGAGUCGCUGGGUCAGUCGGCUAACAUAUACAUGUGUGCACCAUCGCUAUUAGUUUAAGCUGAGCUCCUACAAUUCUUUUCACACUAGGCACUAGUAGCCAAGUAAGUAACUGUGGUUUAUCUAAGACAUUGCGGGAAUAGCAAGCAAGUUACAAAGUGCGAGCUUUUGAUGUGUAGCGUAAAGCAUACUGUCGAGUUGCGAAGUAUAAGAUAAACAUAGAGUAAAAUUAUAAUAAAAUUAAAAUUAUAGUUAGCGCUCAUUGUGGGUUGAGCAACAGGUGGCAUGUGUCUCGGCAGGGCCGUGGCCACAAUCAACAGGCCGUUAGACCUGAGAAGGCUGCAUGCAAGGUGAACGUGAACAUUAUAAAUAUAAAAACACAAAGUGGAAUGCUUGUAAACAUUAAACAUGACCCACCUGUGGUAGGUGGGUCAUGUGGCCUUGAGAAGGUGGUCACUGAGUCCCGAGUUGGAUGCGAUGUCGCCAUCUUCCGUUCAUGUGGUGACUGUCGCAUAGGGGUCGGGUGUUAGUCCCUGCGGUACGAAUGGGGAUGUUCGGGACGGGUCCCAGGUGAGAGUCGGGGAGGGUGUGCUCUGGCAGUUAGACGGUGUAAGAGCGUCCCGUGGUAGGCCUAAGGCCUGCAGUAGCUGUGCUGCUUCGCUCAUAUCGCGGAUCCGAUGGGAGUCUGUUCCCUGGUGAAUGGUGAGUGUGUGGGCAGGCUGCCAACGAUAUUGGAGGUCUCGUCGGAGGAGCGUGGUGAGUGGCCUGAAGGAGCGCCGCCACGCUAGGGUGUCGCUCGAUAGGUCCGCAAAGAAUGAUAGUGUCAUACCCUCAAAUUGGAGUGGUGGUUUGCCCCGUAAUGCGGUGAGGAUUGCAGUCUUGUCCUGUCUUGUGCGGAAGGCCAAGAUUACAUCUCUGGAGGCUGGAGUUGGUGCUUUAGGUGGGAUGGGGAUUCUGAAGAGAUGUUCGGGGCCUAUUUUGUCAGCUUGGGUAUGCGGCAGUAUGCUCGAGAUCAGGCGCUUAAUAAGUUGUGGUAAUGCCGCUGUGGGUAUUGCCUCGGAGAUCCCCCUCAAUUUAAUAUUGUUGCACCGUCUAGCAUCCUCCUGUUCCGCCAUACGGUGCUCCGUAUUCCGCUGUAGCAGUUGUAGGUCGCUCACGGUCUUUCGGAGCUCCCCGAUGUCUCGGGUAUUCUUUGUGGAAGUGUGUUCGAGGGUGACUAUACGGGUUGUCAGGCCUUUCAGGUCUCCCCUUAGCGCCAUUAUAUCUUGUUGCAAGCUAGAUUGAAGGUCUGCGAGCAGUUGCUUCAGGAUCGACGUAGUUAACGGAGUGGAGUCCGUUGUGGGUCUAUUAGGCUGUGGGGGUAUUCCUGAUGCUGGCGCCGGUGCGUAUUAUCCUUCCACUUUUUACUAUUAUUUUAUUUUUAACUUGAAGUGUAUCCCGUCCAAAGAAAUCCUUAGGUGGGGAUAAUUCCGCCAGCGCUGUGGCAAUAGAGCAGUAUCUGUCUGCUCUAUUUUUGUAAGUAUAACUUAUUUUUAAGAUAUUACUGUGUUGUUCAUACUGAGAGCACUAUUUGCUGUUUUAUAUAUAUCCCGUGGAUACCUACUAUCCAAUACCGGAGAGGCGGACCUAUCUCCCCAGCAUAAAAGAACAACGCACAUCUGAGUAGGUCCUAGCCUACAUCAAAGGAAUUUCAAGACGGACCAACCACCAAAGUACAUCCGAUAGUGGGGAUUAAACCACUAAGUGCCUCUUUUCCUAGAGCUGGUUAGAGCUCCAACAAAUGUGAGUGAAAUACCUUUCCUUUGAAUAUAUACCACAUGUGGACAUACAAUAUUUCACCAUUGGCAGCUUUUUCUUUUAUCUUUUGUCUUCACAUAUAUGGACUACCUACCAUACGGACGGAGCAACACUUGAGGAUUACUAUUAUAUUACUGCACAUCAGUGAGACUGUUUCAAUUUAUACUCCUAUUUAUUUGGAUGAACUUUACUUGUUUUUAUUAUUAUUGCUUAUUUUAUUUAUAUACAUUUUUACUCAUUCUUUUAUCCUUUUGUUUAAGCGCAGCCCUUAACUCCCUUUCUUGUAUCUUCUUGUUUCUAAAAAGGGUUUCGUGAAGGGUUCCCUUUUUAGGGUUGCUGCUCAAUUGAGUUAGCGCAGGCUCUUCCCCUCUUCUAUGACACACUGCCUAGUAGCUCUGACCCCUGUAUGCCAAGCUAUGCCCUUGCUAAUGGACAUAGUGCUGUCCCUUAAGUUCUCUAGACACCAUGUUAGUAAUGCCAUGUGCUGUGUUUCCUUUUAGGCGCUGGAAGAGGAGAGACAGCAGAACUUUAUGCAUCUCCUGCAGUUGGAUAACGAGGUUCUCAUCCCAAACCAAGAAUCCAUUGAGUGUAAGAUCUGCUUUACCGAUGUGCCGGCCGGGGCUGGGGUCCUCCUGCGGGAAUGUCUUCAUAGCUUCUGCAGGUAUGUUUUAUACAUGUAAUCAUGAUUUCCACCUGAACAAAAGAGAGCGCAAUAUUAUAACACAUAUCAGACUAUUACCUCUUACUAUGGAUAGCUCAGAGAGGACAAGAGAGAGCGCGAUAUGAUAACACGUAUCAGAAUGUUAGCUCUUACUAUGUAUAGCUCAGAGAGGACGAGAGAGAGCGCGAUAUGAUAACACUUAUCACACUGUUAGCUCUUACUAUGUAUAGCUCAGAGAGGACGAGAGAGUGCGAUAUGAUAACACGUAUCAGACUGUUAGCUCUUACUAUGUAUAGCUCAGAGAGGACGAGAGAGAGCGCGAUAUGAUAACACGUAUCAGACUGUUAGCUCUUACUAUGUAUAGCUCAGAGAGGACAAGAGAGCGCGCGAUAUGAUAACACGUAUCAGACUGUUAGCUCUUACUAUGUAUAGCUCAGAGAGGACGAGAGAGAGCGCGAUAUGAUAACACGUAUCAGACUGUUAGCUCUUACUAUGUAUAGCUCAGAGAGGACGAGAGAGAGCGCGAUAUGAUAACACUUAUCACACUGUUAGCUCUUACUAUGUAUAGCUCAGAGAGGACGAGAGAGUGCGAUAUGAUAACACGUAUCAGACUGUUAGCUCUUACUAUGUAUAGCUCAGAGAGGACGAGAGAGAGCGCGAUAUGAUAACACGUAUCAGACUGUUAGCUCUUACUAUGUAUAGCUCAGAGACGACGAGAGAGAGCGCGAUAUAACACGUAUCAUACUGUUAGCUCUUACUAUGUAUAGCUCAGAGAGGACAAGAGAGCGCGCGAUAUGAUAACACGUAUCACACUGUUAGCUCUUACUAUGUAUAGCUCAGAGAGGAAGAGAGAGCGCGAUAUAACACGUAUCAGACUGUUAGCUCUUACUAUGGAUAGCUCAGAGAGUACAAGAGAGAGCGAUAUAACUCGUAUCAGACUGUUAUGUCUUACUAUGUAUAGCUCAGAGAGGACGAGAGAGUGCGAUAUGAUAACACGUAUCUGUCUGUAAUAUCUGUAUCUUGGAAGGGAGAAGAGAAGACUGGAGGGCUUGAAUUGUUUUUCUUUUGGCAGAGUCUGCUUGAGGCAGGUUGUGAAUUGUUGCGAGGACCCCGAGGUUUCAUGCCCAUUUCGAGAUGACCUGUACGCCUGUAACAGCAAGCUGCAGCAGCGAGAGAUCCGAGCGGUGGGUAACGUGUGUUGUGAAUUGCUUACACCAAUGGGAGGGAUGCUGCAAUGGCAGAUUUAGCAUUUGUAUAUGUCGAAAAUAAUACCAUAAAAUCCACGUGCAGAAUGAGCCUGGAGGGGGAGCAUGCAUCUGAACUACGUACGUGCAUUAGUGAUGCAUUUUACGCAUGAUUUUAUUGCGCUAUAAUAAAUGCCAGUAUGGCAAUAAUGCAGCAAAAUAAGGAGUUAGUGCAGUUUAGGAAAAUGUUGCAAUUAGUAUUAAAAAUCGAAUUAUUGCAAAGUUAUCACUUUCACCAGACACCUUGAAAAUGUAUUUUUUUUAAAUCACACUGUGUAAUAUUCAGGAAAAUUAUAAAUGUGAAAGGCUUGUGCAAACUAGUGAAAAUGGGCAUCAGAUUGUAAAUGGAUUAACAAGUCCUGAAGAAUACAUGGAGUGGGAUAUGCCUCCAAGUGAGAUAUAAUGAAAUUCUAGCCAGUAAUAACUGCCGGUCGGGUACACACAUCCACAUGAUAUUAAUAUUCGAAUAUUCAGGAAAGACAAUACGUGGAACUGGCUAUUAUUAAUAUUGGAAGUUAGUAAUCUAACAUAGAACAGACUUGCAGUAGAAGAGAUCUCAAAAAAUAUCUGAAAUCUAAACAGACGGGAAAAAUGACUGAUCUCACAUAAAAGGCCUUGUUUGUCCCAUUCCUAGUUCAGAAAGCCGUGUCUCACCGUUUAAAUCUCCCAUUGCUUUUAUCUCUGAGUGUAUAAACAUUAGGGAAGAUUUACAAAGCGUUCUGAAGAAUGACAGCGAAUUUUCCUCAUUUUGUUCACAUUUAUUAAACUAUUUGUUAUUCGUCAUUGACAAUUCCACCAGAUUUUCCAGAUAUUUCCCUUUAAGAAACCGAAUAAAUCUACUGGAUAAUUUACUAAAGUCAGAAUUUAAGGGCAGAGUAGCCAAACUGAAAGCCUAGCGGGCUAUGAGAGCCAAACACCACCCUGGCCAAGUAUUACAUAGUUAUUUAGUUACAUAGGAUGAAUUAGACUUGCGUCCAUCAAGUUCUUCCUCACGUAUGUUUUUACUGUUGAUCCAAAAGACGACUGAAGACAGUCUGAAGCACUUCCAAUUUUGCAGCAAACUAGGAAAUAAUUACUUCUUGAACCCAAAAUAGCAGUCAGAUCAAGCAGCUAUUACCCCACUAAUUAGAAAUGAUAUCCCUGUAUGUUAUGUUUUUGGAAGUAUUUAUCCAAUUGCAGUUUAAACAUCUCUAGAGACUCUGAUAACACCACCUCUUCAGGCAGAUAAUUCCAUAUCCUUAUUGCUCUUACUGUAAAAAACAUUUUCUUUGCUUUAGAUGAAAUCUCUUUUCUUCCAGCCUAAAUGUGUGACCUUGUGUCCUAUGUAUAGCCCUGUUUAUGAAUAGAUUUUCAUAUAAAGGUUUGUACUGGCCCUGAAUAUAUUUGUGUAAUGUUAUCAUAUCCCCUAUCAGGCGCCGUUUUUCCAAACUAAAGAGAUUAAAAUUUUUUAACCUUUCUUCGUAACUAAAAUGCUCCUUUCCUUUUAUCAAUUUUGUAGCUUGUCUCUGGACUUUUUCUAGUGCCAUGAUAUCUUUCUUUAGAACAGGUGCCCAAAAUUGCACAGCAUAUUCACCAGCGAUUUAUAAAGAGGCAAAAUUAUAUUUUAAUUCCGAGAAUUUAUGCCCCUAUUUAUACAUGACAAAACCUUACUGGCCUUAGCAACUGCAGAUUGACAUUGCAUAUUGCUGCCUAAUUUGUUGUCUAUAACAAUUCCCAAAUCCUUCUCGUGUGUGGUUAUCCCUAAUUCACUACCAUUUAGAGUGUAAGUUGCUUGUGCAUUCUUAACCCCGAAGUGCAUAACUUUGCAUUUCUUUACAUUAAAUUUCAUCUGCCAUUUUAGUGCCCAGUCCCUCAAUCUAUCCAAAUCCCUCUGCAGCAAAGCAAUAUCCUGCUCACAUUUUAUUACUUUACAGAGUUUGGUCAUCUGCAAACACCGAAACAUGGCUUUCAAUACCUAUUGCAAGAUCAUUUAUAAAUACGUUAGAAGCGGUCCUAAAACAGUACCCUGAGGGAUACCACUUACCACUUUUGUCCAGCAUGAAAAUUUACCAUUAAUGACAACUCGUUGUACUCUAUCCUUAAGCCAAUGUUCUACCCAAGACCAAUUUCUUUUAGUUUGAAGACUAACCUACGUUAACGUAUCAAAUGCCUUGGCAAAAUCCAAGUAAAUCACAUCCACUGCGACACCCUGAUCUAUACUUCUACUUACUUCUUCGUAGAAUGCAGUUAGGUUAGUUUGACAUGACCUAUGUUUCAUAUAACCAUGUUGAUUAUUGCUAAUAACAAAAUUCUUUCCAAUGAAUUCCUGAAUAUUAUCCCUUAAUAGCAGUUAAAAUAUUUUCCCAGUUACAGAAGUUAAGCUCACAGGUCUAUAAUUUACAGGCAAGGAUUUUGAACCCUUUUUAAAUAUAGGAACAACAUCUGCUUUCCUCCAGUCCUCCGGUACAAUACCUGAAACAAAAGAAUCUUGAAAAAUUAAAUACAGAGGUUCACUUAUUUUCCCACUUAGCUCCUUAAGUACUCGUGGGUGAAUACCGUCAGGCCCCCUGAGCUUUAUUUACAUUAAUUUUCUUUAAUAGCUAUAGCACCUUGUCUCGAGUUAUCCAAUCACAAGUUAUCUGCAAGUUUUUUGCAGCAAUCAUUUGCAUAUCUCUUGCCAUAGAAUCCUCAUUAAUAUAUACUGAAGAAAAAUAGUUAUUUAAAAUUUCUGCCUUUUCCUUGUCUUCAUUAGCUAACAGACCCAUCUCUGUUUCCAGUGUACCUACACUUUCAUAUUUUGUUUUUUUUAGAAUUUAUGUACUUGAAAAAAAUGUUGGGGUUGGUUUUGCAUUCUUUGGCUAUCAAUUUCUCAUUUUCUAGUUUAGCCACUUUAAUUGCCGGGUGACGGACGAGGUCCUUCACAGAGGGGAAACCCUUAAUGACGAGUGACGGACCUUGUCCGUCACACGGUAAAAUUAACCCCGGAUCGCCGCUAUCGUGGCGAUCGCGGGGUUAAUGGUGCUCCGGUAUGCCUCUGCAUUAGGCAUACCGGGAGCACCCGGUCAGGCUGCCCAGCACAUGUGCUCGCUCUGACCGCAAGUCGGAGCGAGCACAUGUGCUCUGCAUACUUACCUACUGGCUCCCUGCACUUCCGAGUUCUGUGUGAAGUGCAGGGAGCCGGAACAGUGCUCAUCCUGCCCCCUGUUGGAAAAAAAAUAAAGUUAAUUUAAAGUCCCACCCCCCUUUACCCAUUUUAAUAAAAAAUUAACCCCUUCCCUGCCAAUUGAUCACUGACUACAGUGAUCAAUUGGCAGGGAUUACAUUUUACAAUGAUCUGAUUUUUUUUAACCUUUUUUAAACUGUGAUCUGUAUUUGAUCGCUGUAGGCAGUGAUCGACUGGCAGGGAAGGGGUUAAUUUUUAUUUGGACUAGGUAAAGGGGGGGGGUUAUUUUUUACUUAAACGUUAUUAAAAAAAAAUUUUAAGCUUCAUUUUUUACUUUUUAAAGUUUAUUUUAAAACUUUUUUUUACGUUAACCCCUAGUUAGCCUAACGCCAAAUCCCCCAAUUCCCCACUAACUUCAACCCACCCCAGCUAGCUAAAUAUAUAAUUUUAAAAUAUUUUAAUUAAUUAAAUAAAUAAAUGUAACCCCUGAGGGUUAAAAAAAAGAAAGAAUUAAAUUAAUUUAUUUGUAAUUACUUUUCUUAACCUGCACUAAUUAUGCACACAUUAUUAUUGCAAAAACUGUAAAAAAACACAUUUUCAUUUUUUUAAAAUUUUUCUGUAUUUUUUUAUAAUAAAUAAGCAUUUAUAUAUAUGUGUGUUACAUCAAAUUAAAGCCCUUUCUGUCCUUUAAAAAACGAUGUAUAAUAUGUGUUGGUGCAACAAAUUAGUAAAAUGCAAAUUGCAGUUGAACGCAAACAGCAAAAAAAUGAAAAAAAUGCUGUUGUCAUUAAGUGAAAGACAAGCUUUUGAAGCUCUGUCCUUAAGGGGUUAAAGCAUUGGUUUCAAUUUGUUUGUUUUUAUAUUUAUUACCCAAUGGUACAUACUGAGAAAUGUACCUUUCUAAUAUAUGUUUGAAUAGUUUCCAUUUAUCCUCAGUGUUUUUAUCACUAAGGAGUUUAUGCCAGUCGAUAUGUUGUAGAGCUGCCCUAAUCUUAAUAAAAUAUUUUUUUUUUAAAUUAUACGUUUUAAUAUACCCCGCGUGCUUUUUGCUUUUUUGAGUUUAUUUCAAAAUUUACCAUAUUGUGAUCACUAUUCCCCAAAUGCUCCCCUACUUGAAUGUUGGUUAAAAGAUCAACAUUGUUUGUUAUGACAAGAUCCAGACAAGCAUCCUUUCUAGUUGGUGCUUGUACCAGUUGUGACAUAAAGGUUUCAUUUAACACAUUCAAAAACCUGAUUCCCCUUGCUGAAGUACUAGUCCCUCUUUCCCAAUUUAUGUCUGGAUAAUUAAAAUCUCCAAUAAUUAACGUGUUACCUCGAUUUGCAGCUUUCUCAAUUUGCUCUAACAGCUGUUCUUCCUCAUUAAUAUUUACAUUAGGUGGUUUAUAACAUAUGCCAACCAAGAAUUAAUUUCCCUUCUUUUGCCCAAAGCAGAUAUCUACCCAUAAAUAGAGAUGUCGCGAACCGUCUGCGAACUUCUCGCGAACGGUUCGCCACGAGCUGUUCGUGGCGAACUCCGGUCAGCUGACACAUCCCGGCCAAUCUCCAGCAGACCCUCCCUCCCAGACCCUCCUACUUCCUGGCCAAUCUCCAGCAGACCCUCCCUCCCAGACCCUCCUACUUCCUGGACAGAAGCUUCUGUCCAGGAAGUAGGAGGGUCUGGAAGGGAGGGUCUGCUGGAGAUUGGCCGGGAUGUGUCAGCUGACCGGAGUUCGCCGCGAACAGCUCGUGGCGAACCGUUCGCGAGAAGUUCGUGGACGGUUCGCGACAUCUCUACCCAUAAAGCUUCCACAUUUUUCUCGUCACACUCCAUAUUCCUAAGAUUUGACUUUAACUCAUGGUUGACAUACAAACAUACCCCUCCACCCUUCUUGUUUUUCCUAUCCUUCCUAAAUAGUGUGUACCCAUUUAAAGGACCACUAUAGUGCCCUGAGGGUGCCCCCACCUUCAGGGACCCCCUCCGCCGGGCUCUAGGGUGAGGAAGGGGUUAAACUUACCUCUUUCUCCAGCGCCGGGCGGGGAGCUCUCCUCCUCCUCUUCGGCUGAAUGCGCAUGCGUGGCAGGAGCUGCGCUCGCAUUCAGCCCAUCCAGAGGAAAGCAUUCACAAUGCUUUCCUAUGGACGCUGGCGUCUUCUCACUGUGAUUUUCACAGUGAGCAUUGCGGAAGCCCUCUAGCGGCUGUCAAUGAGACAGCCACUAGAGGCUGGAUUAACCCUAAUAUAAACAUAGCAGUUUCUCCGAAACUGCUAUGUUUAUAGAAAAAAGGGUUAAUCCUAGCUGGACCAGGCACCCAGACCACUUCAUUAAGUUGAAGUGAUCUGGGUGCCUAUAGUGGUCCUUUAAGUAAACUACCCAGUCAUGUGUCUCAUCCCACCAUGUUUCUGUUAUGCCUAUUAUAUCAUAUUGUUUAGUGUAUGCUAUUGCCUCUAGUUUCCCCAUUUUGUUAUAUAGACUCCUUGCAUUAUUAAGCAUACAUUUAAUAUUAUCAUGAGUCAUUUGUUCUUUUUGUGAAUUUUCAUCAAUAUUACAUACCUUCUCUGUUCUGAGCUUUUCCUUCCCCCCAUCUCCACCCCCUUAUACGGAGCUGAAGCCCGUCUCCUUUUCAUCCUCGCUUCAUUUUCUAUAUAGCUUUGAACCCCCAGCAGACCCUCUUACGUUUAGGUGCAAUCCAUUACGACUAUAUAGGUUGUACCCAAGCGGCAGACUCCUCUCAAGAUUAUCAAUCUCCCUCAGUGUUACAAUUUGCCUCUCCAGAUCUCCAAUCUGAGCUUCCAGGAAUGCCACUCGCUCACACCCACCACAGAGGUAUGGACCCCGGACAGAUUUAUCCAGGCAUGCAUACAUGCGGCAUGAUGUGCACUGAGUUAAACUCGCAAUCUUGCUAGCACUCAUCUCCAGUUACAAAAAACACAAAAAAGUGAGCAAAAUAAUAUUAACCCUCUUGGUUUAAACUCCCUUGUAGUUUCAACUCCUGUUGUUUUACCUCCUACUUGAAAUAGCCUACUUCCAAGCAGACUCCAGUGAGCAAGCUCUGUGAGUCAGUAGUGGGUUUAUAUUGGCAAUACAAAUCCCACACAGGUGGAAAUUAAGGGGCACUCCCCCUAAUUAGCUCAGCAGCAGCAGCACCCACAAUGAGGAGGACAUAAACAGCAAGAAAAAGAAAAGAGACAAAGUUUUAAAUAAAAACGGCAAAGAAUAAAAAUGUAAAAGGUUUUCAAAUUAAAACAGCAAAGAAAAAAUAUAAAUAAAAAAGGGACAAAGUUAUAAAAAAAAAUCAGCAAAGAUUAAACAUAUCUAUAAAAAAAGAUGGAAAAAAGGUUUAAAUAAAAAUUUUUUUUUAAAAAUGCUGAGAGCUGUAAACACAAAUACUGAACGAAAAUAUUUUUGGGAGGAACCAAUAAGACAUAAUUUAAUAAUAAAGUUUUAUCUCCCUGUUCACCCAGGUAAAGGCUAUAGACUUUCUGCGGACUAGCUGCUUUUUCUGUAAUGGAUUCCGGUCUCUAUAAGGUGCUUUGUUUCCGUAGCUGGUGUCUAAGGAGGAGUACAGCCGGUUCCUGGAGCGGGGCCUGGUGAUGGCCGAAAGCCGUAGCCAAAACAGCUACCACUGCAAGACGGCAGACUGCAAGGGCUGGUGUAUCUAUGAAGACUCCGUUAAUGAGUUUGUUUGUCCGAUCUGCUUCGCAGAGAACUGCCUGACAUGCAAGGUAGAGUUCCCUAUAGCAUUGUAUCGCCCAGACAGAGUUCUAUUAAUGCCUGGACCGGUCCCUCUGUGUAUCCUGGGUGCAACAUGGCUCUUCGUACCCAGGGAGAAUGGUCCGAAUUAACGUGUGACAGUACAAUAAGGGCAAUAAAAACACAUUUUAAAAUGCCAAUUCCCCCUUUGUUUCUCUUUUACCAGCAGCACAAUGUCUCUAUAGCCCCAGCGAAGUAACUAGCAGUCAGGCUGAUACAGAUUAAUGUAAUACCUGCGAAUCCUGCAGGGGGAGCUGUUAUACGAUGUCACAUUGCUUCCUUGUAGCUGAUACUCGAAUCCUGCAGGGGGAGCUGUUAUACGAUGUCACAUUGCUUCCUUGUAGCUGAUACUCGAAUCCUGCAGGGGGAGCUGUUAUACGAUGUCACAUUGCUUCCUUGUAGCUGAUACUCGAAUCCUGCAGGGGGAGCUGUUAUACGAUGUCACAUUGUCUCCUUGUAGCUGAUACUCGAAUCCUGCAGGGGGAGCUGUUAUACGAUGUCACAUUGCUUCCUUGUAGCUGAUACUCGAAUCCUGCAGGGGGAGCUGUUAUACGAUGUCACAUUGUCUCCUUGUCCCUCCAGGCUAUACAUGACGGCAUGAAUUGCCGAGAGUAUCAGGAUGAUCUGCGUAUCCGAGCACUGAAUGACAUUGCCGCCCGUCAGACCAAUGAAAUGCUAAAGGUAAGGAUUUGACAGUAAUAUGAAUUUUCAGUGAACUGGGACUGUGGGUUUUGAGUCUGAAAUGCAAAGUUUGAGACAGGUUCCCGGGCACUAAACGCGGAGUCUGAGACAGGUACCUGGGCACUGAACGCGGAGCCUGAGACAGGUACCCGGGUGCUGAACGCGGAGCUUGAGACAAGUACCCGGGCACUGAACGCGGAGCUUGAGACAAGUACCUGGGCACUGAAUGCGGAGCCUGAGACAGGUACCCGGGCACUGAACGUGGAGCCUGAGACAGGUACCCGGGCACUGAACGUGGAGCCUGAGACAGGUACCCGGGCACUGAACGCGGAGCUUGAGACAAGUACCCGGGCACUGAAUGCGGAGCCUGAGAUAGGUACCCGGGCACUGAAUGCGGAGCCUGAGACAGGUACCUGGGCACUGAAUGCGGAGCCUGAGACAGGUACCCGGGCACUGAAUGCGGAGCCUGAGACAGGUACCCGGGCACUGAAUGCGGAGCCUGAGACAGGUACCCGGGCACUGAACGUGAAGACUGAGACAGGUACCUGGGUACUGAAUGUGAAGCCUGAGACAGGUAUCCGGGCACUGAACACGGAGCCUGAGACAGGUAUCUAGGCACUGAACGCAGAGCCUAAGACAGGUACCUGGGCACUGAAUGCAGAGCAUGAGACAGGUACCCGGGCACUGAAUGCAGACUAUGAGACAGGUACCCGGGCACUGAAUGCAGACUAUGAGACAGGUACCCGGGCACUGAAUGCAGACUAUGAGACAGGUACCCGAGCUCUGAAAGCAGACUAUGAGACAGGUACCCGGGCACUGAAUGCAGACUAUGAGACAGGUACCCGGGCACUGAAUGCAGACUAUGAGACAGGUACCCGGGCACUAAUAGACUGGGAGCAUUAAUAAAUCAGGGGAAUUUACAAACCUUCUACUAUAAUUAAUUUAUUUAUUGCAGUUCUUUUAACUUUUAUUUUCAAAGUUAUUCACUUUAUUUUUAAAUAACCAGUCACACUGCUUCCGUCCACGUUUCUCAGUCACUCAUCCCUAUUUCUGUCUCUCCCCUUCCCUUCUUUUUAUCCCUUUUUACUCUCAUUCCUUUAAUGUCUGUAGCCUUCCUUCUCUCUAUAGCUAUCUCUCUGUGUCUCUCUCUCUCCCUGUCUCUUUUUAUCUCUCCUUCUCCGUCCCUCUCUCUCUCUCUCUUACGCUCUUUCGUGCUCUCUCUCUGUCCCUCUUUAUCUAUCUCUCUCUAUUCUAUCUCUCCUUCUCCGUCCCUCUCUAUCUCUUGCGCUCCCUUGUACUCUCUCUGUCCCUCUUUAUCUGUCACUCUCUCCCUGUCUGUAUCUGUAUAUCUAUCUCCCUGUCUCUCGCUCUAUAUCUAUCUCUCUAUCUCUCUUCCUGUCUCUCUAUAUCUAUCUCUCUCUCUGUCUCUCUAUCCUUUCCCUCUCUAACUCUAUUUGUCUCUCUCCCAAGUUGCUGUUGCAGACUGGGGAAGCCAUGUAUUGCCCCAUGUGUCAGAUUGUUGUCCAGAAGAAAGAUGGUUGCGACUGGAUUCGCUGUACCAUGUGCCAAACAGAGAUUUGCUGGGUCACUAAGGGGCCUCGCUGGGGUCCACAGGUAAGACGACACUUAGCACUUCACAGUACACAACCAAUACGGUGAUAUACUGUGAAUGAAACCUUCUAAUACAUAGCACUGUCACACAUCACUCUGACAAAAACUGUUACUGUCUUCUCUAACCUUAAAUUACUAAAUAACUCCAUCAGGUAACCUGUAAUGCGAAUAAACCAUACAGUUUGCAAUGCAAGCCUUUAUCUCUACUUAGACUUUUAAUCUGUGCUCACAGGGUCCUGGAGACACGUCUGGGGGCUGCCAGUGUAAUGUCAACGGGAAAAGAUGUGACCCCAAAUGUCAGAAUUGCCAUUAAACCCAUGUUAAUGGGUCGAUAUCGUUUUAUUCUACAAUUUAACAAAGCUGGGAAGAUGCAGGUAACCCUCCGGUACUCCUACAGUCUGCGCUAGAACUGAUCUUCGCUGUUUGCAGUUUUAGCUUUAAGCAGUGCGAAUGACGCAUCUGAGAUAAUAAACCCUCCAUUCGACGAGGGGAUCACAGACUCAACAAUGAAUUCUUCAGCAGCCAUUUCAGCCACGCACUUCUGAGAUGCCCAACCACGUUUAUUGCCACGUCCACUCAUUUCACUCUAAAGUUUGGAGUGUUUGUGACUUGUACUUACCUACUUAGCACUGACAGUAACUACAACCACUGUGUUGGCAUACUAGAGACUUACGGUCAACAUUGAGCAUGAUCAGGUGCAAAGAUAUUGUAUAUAUUGUGCUUUUUGCCUGUACCUGCAAUGGGGGGCACUGGAAUGAUUAAUUAUUCUCAUUUGAUUAUUUUACGUUGCAAUAUUAUGUAAUGUGUGAUCAAAUUAGUUUAAUAGCAUUAUUUUAUGUUGAUUAAGAAAUUAAGCCAGGCUUUAAGUUUUACAAUUGCCCAUUUUUUUUCAGCUACACUACAAGGAUUCUUUCAUUACUAGCGUCCGAUUCCUAUCAAACUCUAUGCUUGUGUGAAUAACUGGAUUAUUUAAUUUUUUAAAAUGGAUACAUUUGAGUUGGAGAUAUGACAAAAAGUUCUAUUUAUUGGGGGAAGCACAUUUUUUUUUCCCAGUUACUUUUUAUCAUAUAGUGUGCGUUUUGGGGCAAAACUUUAUAUUUUUGGAAUAUUUGCCGGUAUUUUACCUGCUGUAUGGGGUUGGAAUAGUAUAAAACCCGAGUACUUGCCUAAAUAGAGGUGAUUUCACUAAACCGAAAUUCGAGAUAAUUGACACGGGAAUUGGCCAUUUUAUGCCAAAGCCAAUGAACGCGGUAAAAAGGAUUUAACUCGGCUUAUGUCCUUUUUUUUCAUGGUUUAAAGGAGAACAGUCACUUCUCAACAUUUUUAUUAUGUUUAAAUAUUCUCUAUAUUUUACACAUACCUAUUUAUGUCAAAUACAUUUAAAAAUGAAGUAAAUGUAGAAAUCCACACCUCAUAAUCCUCUAUCUUUGCUCCCUGUCAGUCACUGUUGUAAGCUCCGCCCUUUGCGCCAAGCAGUCAGUUUAGAGAAAGCGGUUUCUGUUUCACCUCCCUCAAUUUAAUGUUUGUCCUGGCUGUCCCAGAACUGACUGCAUUGUGAAGUCAAUAAGUAAAUAUUUUAAAUGGAAAUGGAGGAUCACAUUACAUAAAGACACGUUAUAGGUGAUUUUUAACCUUUUAUUCACCGGCGUCCAUUUCCCUUUAAAAUACGCAAUCCCUUCAUCAGUUUGCUAUGCUUUCCAGUUUAGUGGGUCAGUCAAGCACCAUUUUCCGGUCUGUCAAUCAGCUUUGCCAGGUCUCAGCCAUGCCUGUUUUUUGCCACUGGCAGCCAUGCCUGUUUUUUGCCAUUGGCAGCCAUGCCUGUAUUUUGCCAUUGGCAGCCAUGCCUGUUUUUUGCCAUUUGCAGCCAUGCCUGUAUUUUGCCAUUGGCAGCCAUGCCUGUUUUUUGCCAUUGGCAGCCAUGCCUGUUUUUUGCCAUUGGCAGCCGUGCCUGUUUUUUGCCACUGGCAGCCGUGCCUGUUUUACAGACUCUCGAGCACAGAGAAGGGAGAGAAUCGUGUCUGCUCCGUAGCAUUUGAGGCAGUAUUUGCUAUAUCACUCUUGUUUUAGGCAGCGAUAAUAACGGCAUUUAAGGGUAGGUAUAGAUUAAUCCUAAAUGGAUUAGGUUACACUCCGUUUAAGAAUUUAAUAUUAUGGUCAGGAAGUCAAAUCUUAAUGGAUUUCGACAUCCACAGACCAUAUGGUAGCAUUUCCGCCUUCAGGUGGGUCUAUUUUCAAUCUGUACAUUGAGCUGCUGGGGAAACAACCAUCAAAUGUGUCCAUUACUGGAUGUACUUACCUUAUUACCACUUCUCCUCGGCCUAGCUGUGUCCUGGAAUGGAAUACGCUGAGCGAGGACGCUUAGUCACAAACGCGUGCAUUUAGCCACGCCUGACCUCCAUGGUUUAUUUUUUAUUUUAAUCUUUGCUUAUAAACUGAUGGCAUAGCAAUAAAGACUAAAGCAAAAAAAAAUAUUGUGAAAUGACUUAUGACAUCUGAUUUUUUUAUCUCCACAUUUGUUAGUAAUUUGUCCAGCCCAAUGUAUAAAGAAAUAAUAAUAAUAAAUGAGCCUGGUCUGGGUUUUACUCAGGGUAUUUAGUCCAAUCUCAGGGGGACAGGGCAGAUUCUCAGGGUAACGCCAUUCAGGUCCUAAUCUAAUUAGAUGACACUUACAUCCAAUAACAAAAUCACUUGAUUUAAUGAUCAUAAUAACAUUAAAUAUGUUGAAAUAGCUUCCACAUUCCCAACCUGUGAUAUAAAAUAUUUACACCGAAAUUUUCUCGGUGCUAGGAGACAAUGAUUAUUAGAAUAUUUUAUUUUUUUUUGGACAAGGAAGUGAAUUGUUUCCAAAUUCCAAGAUUCUAUUUGAUAAUAUUUGUCCUUCACACCUGACGGUUCUACGUUACUAUAGCAACAAUAACUGUCAUAAAGCAAUAUCACCAUCAGCUGCCUCUGGGAAUACUACCAUUGUUUACCAUACCGACAGGCUCUUUCACGGGGCAACAAAAAUGAAUUAAACCAGAGCUGCCCAAAAGUGACCGGUGAUGCUUGAAAUGUGUGCUGUGGAUCCAACAGUUUAAAAACCUUUAUACUGUGUUUUCUGAAAAGAUUCACUUAUGGUGUAAACGAAAUGUGUGAGCAAAUUCUUUAACUCCCAGUUUGGGAAUACAGUAGAUUUCUCAAAAUGAUUAUUUUUAUUAUUGCCAAUAAGUAUUUGUUUAACUGAGCUUUUAAUUUUUUCUACUAAGAUGCAAAAUUGUAAUUAAGGACUUGUUAAAAGGAUGUUUUUUAAGCCAUGAUAAAUUAUAGCCAAAACUAUAACCAAAUCAUGCACAUGAUGACCAGAAUUCGAGCCAUUUUGGUAAUCAAUGUGGUGACUUGCUAUGCAGGGUCUCCAUGAUGGUACAAUAAAAGGUUAAUGUUGUUUUAGAGCGUGGGUACCUCGUAAUGAUCUUGGGAUUACAGAGGAGGCUGAAAGCAUGUCUAGGAUGUGAACACACAGUGUCUGUCAUUCUGCCUACAAAUAACUAGUAGUGACUCUUUCUUUCUAACCUUAACUGCCUUCCUGUAGAUUGUAAGCUCUUGGCAGCAGGCCCUAGUCUAUUUCAGGAUCACUAUAAAAAACUGUCACAAUUGUCUACAUUAGUCUCUUUAUUGUACAGCUCUACAGAAUGUGUUGGUAUCCUUCCAAAAAAAAUAAUGCUAAUGCAAACCAUAUUGUACUGUUUUUAUUCAAAUUUGUCUAAUCUACUUGCACUACCAGGGGGCGGCCUGUUUACAGUCAGGGGGAUUUGUUAAAUCACAUGUCAUUAACUGACAGAAUGUGUGCACUUGUGUAGCC